CUCAUCUUAGUUGUAUAUGGUAAUGGCUAAGGCAUUCCUGGGAGUCCAUGCCUCUGACGUUGGGGGGGAGGGAAGUGGAGAGCAGACCAGAGAGGGAGGGGGCAUCAGUUUUCUUUAAAACCAACUCCAUCCUGCACUCCACACUUUUCAAACAAGUUGUUGCAGCUUUCUGCUCUGAGCUUUUACUCUCUAUCUCAUUCUUUUUUUUUCCCCCUCUGCCUAUCUUUGCUGGGACCUUUACAGCUUUGGGAGUGAAGAAUUCCUGCCUCUGUUUUAUGAUUCAUUUUUUCCUUCUUUUCUUUCAUUCAACAAGAAGAGAAAAAAAAAAUCCCAAACCACAGAUCUGACCUGCUGCACUUUGAUUUUGUGCUCCUUUCCUCCCCUCUUACUCCCUGAAAAACAAGGGAUUCACUGAAAGGAAACAGGAGACAGGAAGAAAAAGGUGGAAGUGGAUUAUACAGUGAUAACCCAAACUCUCCCUCCCUGCUCUGCUACACUACAAAAGGUUAAGUGGGAGAUACGUGAAGGGGUUAACCAGACCCUGCCAAAAAUCACCUCACUGUUUCCAACAAGAGGACAAAUAAUAAGGGAACUAAUUUGAUUGUUGAGGUCAGAUUUAGCAGCUUUAAUUCGAUUUCACAGAGUGAGAUUUGGAUCCAGCCGUCCCAGAGCCUUUACUUACUUUCCUAUCUCCACCCUUUUUUUUCUCUCUUGCUGAUCCUCAUAUAAAAAGCAGAAAGUUACAAAUCCAAAGCCAUCAUGAGCAGCAACGAUUACUACGACCAACACCAAUACCAAGGUGAGGAAGCUGAUGAGAUGCCAGCCACAGAGAAGGACUUGGCUGAAGAUGCCCCCUGGAAGAAAAUUCAGCAGAACACCUUCACCAGGUGGUGCAAUGAACAUCUCAAGUGCAUGAACAAACGCAUUGGGGACUUGCAAAAAGACCUGACGGAUGGCUUGAAGCUCAUAGCCUUGCUGGAGGUCCUGAGUCAGAAGAAGAUGUACAGAAAGUAUCACUCCAGACCCAACUUCAGACAAAUGAAGCUUGAAAAUGUAUCAGUUGCCUUGGAAUUCCUGGACAGGGAGCACAUCAAACUAGUGUCUAUAGGUGGGUUACUGCCUGGGGCCCUUGGGGGAGUUACAAAGUGUCUGUUAUGGUUAUAAUCAUUGUUAACCCAUUGAAUGACAGAGGGUGAAAAGGAUACUUAACCCCUUAAGGACCAAACUUCUGGAAUAAAAGGGAAUCAUGACAUGUCACACAUGUCAUGUGUCCUUAAGGGGCUAAAUUAAACCCCCUGCCACUCAAAGGUCAAAAUAGCUAUGCUUAUCUACCCAGACAUAAACAAAAUGCACACACACACACACACACACACACUCACACUCACACACUCUCUCUCUCUCUCUCUCUCUCUCUCUCUCUUUCUAUUAAAUAACAGCAAGUAUAUCAGGCGUCUUUAUUGAAGACGCUUUAAAACAGGUCUGCUAAUACAGGCUGCUUUUAAUAUUCAUAUACGGUGACUGGCUAUAUGCACAUGUAUGUGGGAAUAAAACACUUUUUGAUCAUUCUUUUGUGGUGGUGGUGGUGGUGGUGGUAGUUAGAACAAAAUACACCGUUUGGGAUAAACUUAUAAUGGACAAUGAAUGAAAAGCAUCUGUUUAGAUGCUGGUUGAAUUAGGUAGCUGUGUGAUUCCAGAGGACUGGGUGUAUACAGCAGAGGUCCUGAACUGUAAAAUAUGCCUGUUACAUAGUUGCUUUCUUAAAAAUCACUUUUUUUUCCCAUUGUGUAAAGACUCUAGUUUCUGGAGGCUCCAGGUCUGCUUGUGACAUCAUUGUUUACAAGAUCUGGCCUAUGCCAUUCUUUAUAGUUUGAAGUACUCCUUUACAUUUCUGAAAGGAUGUUUAUUUUAAAGAAGUUAUUAUGUUUAGUUUGGAACUUUUUUAAGUUUUACCAAGUUAUGUUUUUCCAAGUUAUGUUUAAGAGUUAAAUGGAGUAGUGUAACUUCUAGGGUUACUUUUAGAGAUUUAGAGGAAUAUUUUGAUAUCUAAAAAUGAUGUAACUCUUACGUGGGAGGUUUCGAUGAAGUCAUGCUAAUGUCAAGUAGAAUAAUUAUGAUCAAUCGAUAAUUCUCUCUUGAAUGUGUGUAUUUUUUUUAAUGAUCAUAAAAUCUUGGGGAUUAUAGACAUGGUUAUUAGAAACACAUUUCACAGUACUCCAGAGACAUUGUAAAAAAAAUUGUGAAAAUACUAAAAUAAUAUGGUAAUGUUUGUUCGUACGAAAUUAUUUUUUACUUUAUAUAUAUAUGCUUAUAUUUUGCUUCACGGCAUAAUUAACUUUUUUGGGGGGCGAGGGAGGAAUGCAAAUGAAAAAAAAAAAAUAUUACAAUCAGGAAUCAAAGAACAAAAUCUGAAAAUUACUUUAAAUCUGUGAGUUGACUGCAUUCACAUUGCUUUCUCCUUUUUUCCCCUUUUGGACAGCAAUGUAAAUCCAUUCCUAGUUACUGUAGAAAAUGUCUAUACCUGGGAAAAUUUUACAUGAGCUGUAGCCAAAAUUCUUCAGAAAAUGAACAGUUGUAUGGAACUUCUUUCACCUAUUCUGUUAGAAUGGGCACCAAAUACCAAGCAUACACAGUCAGAGAAUAUUCGGUAUAAUCAUAUUACAGCUUGAUCGUUUAUUCUGAGGUGUGCCUACGGAUCUUAUUGUGAGGAGGAGAACCUGACCUCCUCAUUCAGGGAAAAGAAAUGAAGGCCACAAUCUACAGGGUCACUUCAUUCACAAAUGACUUGCAAAAAUUCAGGUAAUAUAGUAGGGCACGAUGCCAACUGAUUGUUUAAUAGGUCCAAACAUGUAUUAUUAUUAUUAGUAGUAGUAGUAGUAGUAGUAUUUAAUUCCCCAGUGCAUUACAAUAUUAUGAAACCACUUUAAGAACUGAAACAUGAUUUGAUCAGUAUGGUGAUUCAGCAGUGAUGUGGUAACUGCUCAAAUGACAAUUAUUCCACCAAAAUGGUUUUUAAUUCAUUAAAUUGCACCUGUAAAUCACAGUUGGUGAUGUGACAUCUCCUGUCAAUGAGCAAAGUAGAUUUGUCGAGGCACUCCUUUUUUACAUUCUUUUUAGAGAGAACUUAUCUUUGCAAUGUAUUCACUGCAUUAUUUUUAAUAUAACGAUGGUUGAUUUCAGGGUCCAAGGGUAUUAUUGCAAAAUUAUGCUAUAAUUAUAAAUUAAAGGAUCACUAUAGUGUCAGGAAAACAAACUCGUUUUCCUGACACUAUAGCAUCCUUAGGACCCCCCUCACGAUCCCCAUCCCUCGGCGUCGCAGAAGCACCUCUAGCGUCUGUCAGGAAGACAGCCACUAGAGGUUGGAUUAACCCUGCAAUGUAAACAUAGCAGUUUCUCUCAGACUGCUCUGUUUACAUCUGAAGGGUUAAAACCUGGUGGACCUGGCACCCAGACCACUUCAUUGAGCUGAAGUGGUCUGGGUGACUAUAGUGUCCCUUUAAGACCCACAACUAAAAUCUCCAAAUCAAAUACAAUGUGAUUUUUUUUUUUUUUCAUCCUUAUUUGAUGUUCUUAUAUUUCUCUUAAAGUAGAUUACAGACUUUCAAAUAAUUGCUCAAUCAAAUUUUGACUUGCAGUUAAUCUCAGAAGGUGGAUCAGAUAUUUUUUCUUGUCCAGAUUGCAGAUCAGGACGGGAUUUUAAUAUUUUUUAACAAUUUACAAUUUAGAUGUAGUUUAUAUAUAUUUAUGCUUAUGCUUUUUCUGGAGUUAGAAUGCUGAUUAUGGUCAUGAUGGGUAGAAUGAUGGCAUUACACACAGUGUGUGGGGGUUUACAAAAGGAUCUGUUUCAAGACUGCUAAUGUGUGUCUGACUCUUUUACUACAAUAAUAAUCAUGCUAUCUUGCCAGAUAAGAUUAAAAUGCAUAGAAAACAGACUCCAGUUAUAUAAGGAAACAGACAAACAAGUGUGUCAUUAACUUAAAGGAACACUGACAUUAGAAAUAAAUCUAUUUUUAACACCAGAGCGUUCCUUUUUUAGUGUAGAUUUAACAAAAAAGGUUAAAAAAACAUGCAUUUUUUUCUGUAAUCCAGCACAGGGACAGUCUCCCCUCUGUUGCUCGCCUAGCCCACAGUCAAAUCAAUCAUGAUGAUCUCUGUGUGCGAUGGAGAAGCAUUGUGGACCUAUGGCAUAUAAGUGGCUAUUACCGUGAUCCACCAUUGCAGUGCUUCACAGACAGAAUUUCUCAAUCCAAUGCUUUCUUUUGAGAGGCUUUAGCUGCAUUUACUGUCGUCAUGCUGUUUGUCAUGUUUGUUUGCUUGUUUGAACAUUGCAAUUCUUAAGGAGGAAGCCUCUUGAGGUGUAUUUUUGACCGAUUGUAAAAAUUGUCUUAUCUCAGAAACAGCAAUAUAUUACAUUGUCCAAGAAAAGAAACAGCAUCGAUGCACCAAAUCACUACAUUACGAUCUAGUAGUUUUUGUGUUUAGAGUCUCUCUUUAAUGCAUUGUAUUACAUCAUUUGCAAAUUUUCAGCCGUUGUAUUUAUACAUAGCAUUGCUCCCUUAUUCUUGUCAAUUACUAUUGCUGUAUAGGCGUAACUAAUCAAGCUUCAGUGAAACUUGAAGCAUGUUAAAAAUAUAUAUCUAUAGUUAUCUAUAGACAUGUACUUUAUAUAUAUAUAUAUAUAAUGAUCAUAUUUGGACAAGAAUCUAUUCUUGCAGCGUCAGCUGCUAGUUGGUAGGGUCUAGGCAUUUAAACAAUUUGGCACUACAACAAUUAUCAUAUUUACAUUGUAUACACAAAUGUGCAUGUGUGUAUUGCUUGUUUUUGUUUAUUUAACAACACCCGUUGUUGUUGGGGAAUUCCUUAAAUUCUAUCUCAGUGGAACUCUUCUCUGAUGUUAAAUAUUUUAAACACCCCACACCUGACUUUGGGUUGUGUUCAAUAAACAGUGUUCUUAAACCAACUUGCAAAACGUUGGCAGAAAUAGCAAAGCUAGGAAAAUUCUCUGACAUUUUCCCAUCACGAUACAAAUUAAAUAUCUCAGUGACCUGGGUCAUUGGUCCUGUCCUUGUAAUCCUGCACUGUAAAUGCAUUUCAGGGUUAAAUCCAUCACAAGUGGCUGUCACACUUACAACCACUAGAAGCACUGACAGAGUAAAACUUGGUCACAUGUUCAAAUUUACUUUCAGUUCACUUUAAUUCCCUUUUAAUUCAUUUCCCAACAAUUGUCACUUUAGCAAAUAACCCUGAGACUGGGAACAUUGGUAAAACAAUUAAAAUGUACUAAAAGAGAAUGUGGGUACUUAUUAACUAAACAGCGAACUGUAAUGAGAUGUUAGAGGCUUAGACUGAAAUUAAAAGUGUUGGAAAGUAUUUCAAGCUAUAGUAAAUUUGAAGUUGUUUUAAUACUCAAACAAAUUGGUCUAAAUUUUGAGUCAAUUGCCAGCUCACUGUCUAGCUGAGAAGGAUACUAUGGGUCCUAUUCAGAUGAUCAAUUUGGCCUCCACCAUUCAUUCUUCCCAUCGGGAUGGUUGAUGGUUAAAGCAAAUUUAUUGUUCUCCCUGUCUAACCACUAGGCCCUAGGUGGCCACCGAGCAUCACCUUAUGAAUAAUUAGUCAAUAUACAUUAGCAUACAUUUCGACUGUAUUUUUACUUUUUUUUAUAAAUUCUAGUUAUGUCUGUACACUGUAAUAGUCACUGGUUAGCAGAUAGUGCAAGUAAACAGGCGUUGGACCCCUAUCUAGUUAGUGUAAAGAUUAUGUUCAUGUGCACAUGCACGGAAGUUGAGUUACGUGUACAGCAUAUAACUGUAAAGACAAUUAUUAGUAUACAAAUGCAGAAAGGAUUCUUGGUAUACAAUUGUUUGUAUAAAAAUGCAUUCAAUUUGAGUGCACUCUUUACAAACAUAAGGGCGAUUGACUAAGCAGUAAAUUGUGGUGAACCGAAAACCUCAUUUCAUUAUUCAGGCUUAAAUAGCCAAGCCUUGACUACAUGUCAUUAGUAGCCUUUUUUAGAAUCAUCUCUUUUGGCCUGUUGGCCAUAUGUUUUUUAAGAUCACGUCUAAGACCUGAACUAUUUGAUUAUGUAUGGCUAAAAAUGCAUUUGUUAGACAAUAAUUUUAAAAGUAUAUAUUUAACUUGAGAGUUUUCCAGAUUUGCUGGGUAGUUUUCAGAGACUGUUUUGUGGCCUUCUAUGUCUUAUAUUGUUUUAAGCACCGCUGGCUGGAACUGAUAUGACAGGUGUGUGUGACACAAAGCAAAUCACUUAAUGAUAUGAGUUGACAGCUUGUGUUUUAAAGAAAUGGAUGGGGAGGGGAGAAAGUACAGUUGACACAUGCUAAUCACAUGGAAAACUAGCAUGGUGCGGUUCCACGUUUACAGCAUACUAUAUGAUCCAGAUCUCACUAAGCAUUAUCUUAGACUAAAUAGUCAGCUAUUUCCACAGUAAAAUUAAGAAAAAACAAAAACAACUGUAUUCAUUUCAGACAAUAACCAGGUUAAGAAAGCAAUGCAAACUAUUUUCUAAAUCACAUUUAUUCACUUUGCUAUUAAUCAAAGUGAAAAUACAGUCUGACUUCAGGACUCAGGAUGAUCAAUGAUCAAUGAGCAGAAAUGGAGUAAUUCUGUACUAAACAGGGUCUAGCUAUUUUCAGAUCAUUAAUCCCUUUACUCUCACACUGUUCAUAAUUGGACUAAUUUUUGUUUUGUAUUUUAUUUCAAAAGCAAUGCAAAAUUAAAUUUGCUAUAAAGUCCCCACUCUUUGACAUAGGGUCCCCAGAGACAUUUCUUUGACAGUUAUUUGACCAUGAAGAGCAACACAUUUCUCUGCCAGAGCCCUAGUCAGCCUGUCUAUAUUUGGAAUGCUGUGUAUAGUACAUAUGGCUUGAUGCCAUAUGAACCAAAAGUGUAUGAACAUUAAGAUCACAUUUAGAAAUUAUUCUUACAUUCUGGUGGCAUUUUUAGGAUUUACAUUUUCAAAAAUCCUACCAGAUUUUGUAAGCAGUAUGUGAUAACUGUUUACUGCCUCUCUGAUAGAAAUAAUGCAAGAUGAGAGUUACGAGACAAAUAACCCUUAAAUUAUGAAAAAUAAACUAAAAGUUAAAUUUUAAAUACAUUUAUUUUUUAAAUCCGAAAAAACAGCAUGCUGGACACAGAAUUGUUGUUUUGUCUUAUGCAAUAAUUCUUCCUCUAUAUCCCAUGUCUCAAAUUAAUAUUGCCAUAUUAGAAAAAAAUACAUAUAUAUAUUUUUUUAUAUUUGAUUUGAGUAAUUUAGUGUAACAUGUGUCAGUUAUAUUUCAUGGAAUAGUCCAGGUCAGCUAUCAGGUCCCCUUAGAUCUUUCAGGAUUAGGUAAACUGAGUCGAUGUAGGGUGGCAUGGUCGAAACGGCCAGUGAAUUGCUAAUGCCCACAUGAUACACUGUAUGAUAGAAUUUGGAAAACUGUCUGCUAAAUUAUAUUAUUAAUUUAUUUUGCUCGGUAUAAAGGACCAUCAUCGAUAGCAUUCACAAACAUCUCUUAAGGUGAAUGUUGGUGUUUUCAACUGCAAACACUAAGAUUAAAGUUCUUGGAUGUAAGUUUCCUUCUAAAAUGAUUGGCCAUUCUAUGCUGAUAUAUUAUCCGUGUCAAGUCACAUUAUUAUCUGCUUGUUGAUCUAAUGCAGACCAAAUAGAAACCCAACGUACAUCUGAUCACGUGUAAUGAAAUCCAUACCUUGCAAAGGAGAAUGUUUCCCAUUUUGACUUGAGCACAGCAGGAUAAAUCAGAAUAACAGUCAUUAACAGAGCAAGCUGUGCUAGAGCUGAGAUAUUUAUGAAACCUGGCCUGUAAGUCACAUUAGUGGGCUGGAGUUCACCAUCAAUGCUUCAAAUGUUACUAAUAAUACAAGCUCUCUUUCAGAGAUAUCCACUCAAGUUGGACAGGGUCCAGUCUAAUAUGAGCAUGACACCUGCCUUUCUCAUCCCCCUCCCACAGCAUGUGUGAAAUAUUAAAAAUAUAACAGAUUUCAUGCAGCCAAGCCAGAGGAGGCCUGCUAUCAGCCUCAUUUUAGAAUUAGACCUUUAUUUGAAAGUAAUUAAUUUAACCAUUUAAUGUUUUCUUUAAUACCAUUACAUCUUAGAUAACGGCAACUUUAAAACUGUGCCUAGAAAACACUUGAUGUACGGAGUCCGAUUUAAUUGAGCAACAUUUGUAGAAGUAUAUAUCUUGUUAAUUAAAGUGUGGUCGUACCAAAAUUUUUUUCCAUUGAGGUCCAUCUCGCCCAAUCGACCAAAUAUCUGAAGAGAUAUUAAGGCUUGUGUUCCCUUCCUCAUUCUUUGUAUGUGCUUUCUAAAAGCAGUGAGGACUUCUCAGAGACAAGUUUUGGUUUCAUCAGAAAAAAAGUGUUUAUGUAGCAAUAUUGACAUGCUUCUGUCUUUCAAUGAGAAGCAUUGGAUUGGCCAGGAGAUCAUUCCUAAUUAUGUUCUCCCAGAUGUGGAGAGGAACUGCAGCAAGUUGAUGGCAUCACCACUGGAUUAUAGAUAUGUCACUUCAUUUUUCAGAGACUUGGUGGGCCUUCCUAAAUUAAAGGACCACUUAGGUUACCCAGGGCACUUCAUCUUCAUCUUUUAACACUGCAAUGUGAAAACAUUGGUGUUUUUUUAGAAAGUGCAAUGUUUUCAUUGCUGGGCUAAUUCCACCUCUAGUGGUUAGGUCGCCUCCUCCGUGAUGUUGCAUGAGGUGGAAAGGUAAACAGCACAGAGGGAGCUUCAGCACUGGAAAAGGAUAAGUAAAAAGUUUUUUUACAUUCUUUUUUGACACACAGAGGGGGCGAUUGGGACAUCUAUAACUAGUGACAUGGACACUAAAGCUUUAAUGUUCCUUUAAAAGAAGAAACUCUCCAAUGUUGGAAUAAAUGAAUUUCAUUCUAAAGUUGAAGUGCUCCUUUUAGAUGCAAAAAUUAAGAAAAGUGUAUGUAUGUCUACACUGCAUAUUCAUACAGUAGUGUCACAUUUAUUUGUUGCUGUUCAAGAAUAUAAGACACCAGCAUGUGCCUUGGACAUGUGGCUGCAAACCUUUUAACUAGAAUAAAAUAAACAAAUAUGGAUGGAUAGAUGGAUGGAUGGAUAGACAGACACACAGACAGACAAACAAGAAGCAUAGGUGUUUUGCUGGAUAGACGGAAAGAUAGACUGACAGGAUGGAUGGAUGGGUAGAUGGAUAAGUAGAUGGGCAGACAGACAAAGGUAAACUGACAGGAAGGAUGGAUGGACAGACUGAGAUAGUCCGAUAGGAUGGAUAGACCUCAACUAGUUUGGUGUACAUUUCAGUUGUUAACGUAUGAGAAAGUGUUAGAUACUGUAGAUCAAUAGAGAAUUUCCCUGUAAAACCAAACAAACCACAAAUCAAUGUUUACAUAUUGCACAAGGAAUAAUAAGUCGAAUUCCAGUAGAUGUAGGUGAAAACAGAUGGUUACUCAUUUCAAUGUAAAUAUUGCUGGGAGGUCUAACAGAAUAAAAAAAUAAAUAAACACAUAAUUGAGAAACAUAUGUGAAAAUAUCACAAGUGCAGAAAAUAAAUAUAGACAUCUCUAUACUUUUGUAUUGUACAUUCCAGAAGUAUUUGAAAUGUAGUGACCAAAUAUUGUUUAGGCAAGCAGAGGCUUUCCCAAAUUCAUUUAUUGUGUUUCUUUUUUAAGAAAAAAAUGUACAUUCCAACUAUGCUCGUGGCAACCCUGCUGGUCUCCAGAUGGUAUGUGACUACCUAGUUUAAUGAGACCCCAUGACUGCCAGGCCAUGCAGAUUGAACGUAGAAUAAAGGAUACUUUAAAGGAAUUAAUACGUGUGGAUAAUACAGUGGAUGGAUACAGCUUUCUCUGAUAUUAUUGUAAAUUAAUGUAAAGAAAUUAGAAAAUGUAGGCACCAGAAAUACAAUCUAGAAUCAGAAACACUAACUGCUUGUCCUGUUUGUAUACAAACUGGAGGCACUAUACCAAGUUGAUCCUUAUAUCUACUGAAAUUAGUUACAGUAAUUAUUAGAGUGUUAAUUUAAUCAGCCUGGGCAGUAUUGUGAAAUGGAAGUGUGCACAUUAUUUGCACAAGCAGUUGUGCACAGUUGCAGGACGGGGCAGUGGAGACUUGCAGGGCAUGUUCCCUCUGAAUGCAUGGAACUAUAACGUCACUGUUGUCACACCAAUAUGCUUCCACUCUGAUUCAGAUUGGAGUGGAAGUGAGGGUGGAGAGUUGAGUUUCAGCAGAGUUACACAUGCUGAGGUGUCAAAUAGGGUGCAAGAUUUGUUAGGCCUUGUGGAACUACCCCUUCUAUAGUACCUAACAUUAAAGGAACACAAUAGGAUCAGGAACACAAACAUGUAUUUCUGACCCUAUAGUGUCAAAAACACUAUCUAGCCCCCUUUGCUCCCCCAAAAUAGUAGAAUCUUACCUUUAUUUCAGUCUGCUGGUGCUGGCUCUGCCCGAUCUGCCUCCUUGGAAGUGAUGCUCUGAGCCAAUCACAAUGCUUUCCCAUAGUAAAGCAUUGGAGUGGCUGAUAUUGCCAAAGAGGUGGGGCAGGAAGUGGAGUCAAACGCCACCCUGGCCAAUUAUCAUCUCCUCAUAGAGAUGCAUUAAAUCAAUGCAUCACUAUGGGAAAAGUUCAGUGUCUCCAUGCAGAAGGUGGAAACACUGAAUGUCAGUGCUGCAAACCCAGGAAGCACCUCUAGUAAUCAUCUGAAGAGUGGCCACUGGAGAUGUCCCAAGGCUGUAAUGUAAAUACUGCCUUUUCUCUAAAAACAAACAAACAAACAGUGUAUACUGCUAAAUGCCUGCAGGGACUGGCUAUACUCACCAGAACAAUUACAAUAAGCUGUAGUUGUUCUGGUGACUAUAGUGUCCCUUUAAUACUUAUGUAACCGUUUAUUAUUUAAAAGCCCCAACUACGUGUGCAAGACAAGCUCACCUUAAAAUCAUUCACGUAAGAUGUAGAUAUACUAGAGUCUGUGGUUAAUAAACUUACGCUGUGUCUUUGAAAUAUAACCUGUUAGUGGUGCUCGAGCCCUGUUUUUUGCUUCCUUUUAAACCAUUGCAAGUUAAUUAGCUGGAACCGCCAAUCACAUGGGAUUUCACCAAACCUUUAGUCCAUAUGUUGAAGAGACAUACAGCACAGAAUAUUACUAACUCUUCUGUCAUGAGAAUGGAGUGUUUAUGGCCCCAAAGGAACUUUCAAUCUGCUAAUCAGUUUGGAUUUUUUUUUUUGCUUGAAACACUGUUUAUGAUUAGGGUGAUGAGGCAGCUUUUAACAGCAAACUUUAUGAAUAGCAUGUUUUUUUGGGGGGGGGAUUUUUUAAAUUGAUCAAUUUACAGAGAGAAGUCAAGAAGUGCAUAACUCUUGAUAUGGACAGAAAAAUAUGAAUCAACUUAGUGACAUUAUGAAUAUUCUGAUAAUGAGCUAGCUUUAUUAAGGGGUGAAAAGUUAAAGAGUGAAUGCUAGGUGAAAAUUGCUAGUAUUUUAUUUGUAGCCUGUUGUAAACUUAAGACUUAUCAAAGAUUGUUCAGAUUAUUCCAUGAUCAUAAUAUCUGGCAAAGACUGUUUGUUUUUUUGCACUGGUGGAUUUAGUGGUUCUUGAGUGUGGUAGUUGUGGUGUAGAAUUUCUGAUUUUCUUCCUGUAGAGACUGGUUGGCAUAGACCCUUCCUUCCGUCCGCCCUGGAACACAGUUGUCACAGAUCUCCUGUGCUCAUCCAGUUGAAAGCAGAGACAUAAAAUAUAUCUGCCAGUGACACAGCAAAUAGCACGGAGUGUUGGAGAAGGUCACAUUGGGAAAAGCUAUAAGCACAAGGAGAACAGGAAUGACACAUGCAAUCCUAGAACACUAGAAUACAAAACUCAUCUGCCAAAUUUAUAUAGUGAGAUUACAACUCCUGGGGGUAAAUCCAAAUAUAAUUAUAUAAAUUAAAGAGUUCAGUGUGUUCUUUAUAAGAAUUCUACAUACCCAGCCUCCUGAGUGUAUCAUCGUUGAUUUAUUAAACCAGCCUUGAUGUAAUGCCCCAUAUUGAGGAAGAAGUCCAUGCUAAAGUUAUAUCUACCUUCCACCAGCUCUGUUCAAAUCUCACCAAAUUUUCUUAAAAUUCAAUAUUUGCUGCGUAUUUAGAGUAUCUAAUUUCAAAGGAUUUCCCUGUUCUAAAUUAUGUGUUCUAUUUUGUAUAUACUCUGUUGUUUUGUUCAUGAACCUGACCUUACAAGCUAAUAAAAUGUCUGAAUGUAAAAAAUACAAAAAAUGAUACUUUGGUGGUACAUCUCAAAAUAUUAACUUUUAAAUAAUUAAUCAAAAGAAUCAGUUUGAAAAUAACAUAACUAUAAUCUGCAACUCUAAAAACUACUUUUAGAAUUCCUUAGAUUCCGGGUCUUAUGGUUAGACAUGGAUGAAUAGUUUAGGUAUGUUUAGCUUUAGAUCAGGGUUGAAUGUACACUGCAUGUCUCCCUUGUGGCCCUCGACAGAACAAGAUAAAAAUAACAAGCCUAACACUUGUAUGGAAAUAGCAGUUAUGGGCAGAGUAAGAUGACAAGUGGCCAUGCUCAAGUGUGCAACAGCAUUAUAUAAAAUAGCUCCUGCGGCACAUAGCAUAACAGCUAGUCCUUCUUUGUUUGUUAGUGCAACUUUAGUUUGUUCCUACACAGGGGUGUAUUUAUGAGCAUGAUGACUAGCAUUGAACCAUGAGAGGCAGCGUGGAAGUGCUGGCUCACAAACAAGCUGCUCAGUUGUUCACCCAACUUGAUGGCUGUAGAAUGCAUUCAGGGUUCACAUAUUGAUUUGAAUAAACAUGAAAAUGUGAAAAGAGUGCCACUCAGACACCAAGUGACACUCUAUGCAUCACCCACUACUUCACAUUUACGGCAGCUUAUCUUCUGUAACGUAAUGCUUAAUAAUGAUAAAUAAUUUGUGAGUGAAAGCUAUGUAUAUUUCAUUUGCUACAAUGAAAGUUUAAGGAGGAUUAUAAACACCAAAACGUAUCUGAUCCUUAAUCUAAUGCAAAUUAGAAACAAAUUAGAAUCAUACAAAACAGAUUCUAUAACAUUAAGAGCAGGAUCUGACUAUGAGUAGUAAAUAAGGGCAGUUAUCUAAAGUAAUCUAAAAACCUGUAUAAUGUUAAAAAUAAACAUAUUUAUUUUUCAUGUUAUAUUUCCUAUGUUUGCAGUGUGUUCAGCAAAACAAAGUUGUAGAGACAAUUCUAAAACCCCGUCCUGCUUGCGCAGGCUGUAGCCGAGAUUGUUUCUUUAAGGGGCAGGUGGCUCGGAGCUUGCUCGGUCAGUGGCAGGUGUAACACAGUUGGCUCCGACACUUAAACAGUUGUUUGCGAUCCUCCAGCAGUAAACAGCUGAAAACACCAAAGUCUGAUGACUAUUGAGUCACAACAGAAUUCUUAGGAAUGGCAGCUGCCUUCCUGGAAAUACCAGACCCUUGUCUUUGUCUUUUACUUGUUAUCACUUUUCAUCUGCCCCUCCGAUGGGUUAUUAACAAGUCUGCUUUAAUUUAUCCCAUUCAGUGCUUCUUUAAAUCAAGGGUGGUCCCAAACACAGCUUUUAAUAGUAGGCUCUUUCUAUUUUCUGUAACACACCUAACAUGAGGUCCUCAUGUACUUACCCUGUAACACACCUAACAUGAGGUCCUCAGUCCAGAAAUAUUUCUGCUCCUGUCAUCCUGCCAUACAUAUGAUAAUGUAUACCAUAAUACAUACCAUAAUUUAAUAAUAAGAUAGAUAGACAGACAAACAGGACGCAUAGGUGUUUUGGUGGAUAGAUAGAAAGAUAGACUGACAGACUGGCUGGAUGGGUAGAUGGACAGACAGACAGACAAAGGUAGACUGACAGGAGGGUUGGAUGGACAGACUGAGGUAGUCUGACAGGAUGGAUAGACCUCAACUAGUUUGGUGUACAUUUCACUUGUUGAAGUAUGAGAAAGUGUUUGCCAAGAAAAGGGUCUGGCAUGCAAUUUAACAGGGAACAGCUUUUAAAUGUGUGAUCAUGUAUCUCCCCAACGUACAGUUGAUCCUGUAAUCCCCUCUUUUUUUUUCACUUGCCCUCCAGCUGACUAGGGACUUGCGAUUCUUCUUUUCAUUCCCCACCCUAUUUAGUACUGGGCAUUCUAACUACUUUUGUUCGAUAAUUUAAUGGAAAAAUUGAGAACAGAGUGGAAUGCUGAGCAUGCAUGAGUCAUAAUGUUUGUAAGUAAGUGUAUACACUUUAGACAUACAUGUUUUAAUGCUUGUCAGCAGGUAUGUUUUUAUGUUGCACUAUACGUGCAUGCAUAUACCAGAUAGAAGGAAAAGGGAUAAUGUAUAGCUGGUCUUCUGACCACGAUGAGAACUGUAAUCUACAACGGACAAAUUGCCAGUGGUCGCUUAUACUUAUAUUUAUAACCACAGUUAAAGAAUAAGAUACUAUUUCAGUAUAUAUAAGUGCUUUUCUGCUAAUACUCAGUAUUUAAAUAUUUUCUGUAAAGGCAUGUUUCUUCAACUCAAACCAUGUGUGCUUUUGAAAUAUUUGAAAUCCUAGUGUGUUUUCUGUUUUUGGCUUUUGUUAUGGUUAUUAUUACAGUGUUGCAUAUAAGGAAGUAGCAGUAAUGUGCAUGUUGUUUAAUCUCCUUUUCAAUUUCUCUCUGAUCAAGGCCCGAGCUAAAGCUAAUAUUGCUGUAAAUGCCCCUCUAUGUGGUGGGACCAAUUAUCCUUAAUUUAUUUAGUACCUGUUAAUAAAAAUAUUUGAUACAUUUUGUUUUAACUUAGUCAUUAAAAAAAAAUAUAUAUAUAUAUAAUUUUAAUAGUUGCAACACUUCUAUUUGCUAUUGUUCACCUGCAAUUAUAUGAUCAAGAUAUGUUUAAAGAGCUUGUCUCAGUGCACUUUAACUUUAGGAGAAAAGCAUGAUGUUAAGAUAUAAAAUGCACCAUACAUGGUCAUAUUACAGUACAUUCUGAGAUGUGUGUGCAUGUUGUUUUUUUACAUCCCCUAUUUAAAGGACCCGUGGGAAUGUCAUAGAAUAUGUUUGUAAUUCCUUGACUACCAUGCAUUUAUCCUUAGAGUGCAACAGGGAGGUUGUGCAAAUUAUUUGCAGGGAGAUUAUUUGUUUCUGCAUAUAUAGAUUUGUUAUUGAAGGAGUGUAAUGCAAAAUGAUAAUUAAAGACAAACUGUAAUCUCUGCUCAUAUAAUUUAACUUACAACUAAUGUAACCCCUCAGUAACCCUUAGAUACAGGCAUAUGAUUAGAAACAUGGUCGUUCUCUGUAAAUCAAAACGCACUAACCAAACAGAUGCUUGUACAGUUUGCCACAGAUGUGGGCAUAACGUGUGCUCUAGACAUAGGAAACCGUGAAAAGCAUGGCUCAAUGUAUGUGCAUGUUACUAAGGUGUUUAGAGAACCUAUCAAAAUCCCUACAUCUAGCAAUGACAAAACCAGACUGCUCCAUUACUGCCUAUUAACUAUGGGGAAUGCUUACUUUACAUCUGAUGUGUUUAGAAAAGUGACACACAGCUAUAGACAGGGAAUCACAUCCACUCUAGUUAGAAUAUGCUAUAAUCAGUCUGAUUACCAGAGAGGCCACACAUUAUAUCUAAAGUAGGAAAUUAAAGUUUGGGUGGUGUAAUCAGAAGUUGGGUAUUCUUGGGAAUAUUUAGGUGGCGUUGUGAUCUAUAAUUUGCGUAGUUAAAUCAUUUUGGACAAAAUCAAGUUAUUUUCAUUUACAGAUACUGAUUUCAAAUAUUAUCUAACAUAUUUACUGCGGUUUACAGAACUACUAAAGCUCUAGUUAACAUUCUCUUAAAUAAAUAAGUAAAAGAAACCAAAAAAACGCACCUAGUGUAGGCAUAAAAUGGAUAUAUUUUAUAAAAUGCACAUGAUUUUAUCAUGGUAGGUCUCCAAUGCCUUGCAUUGAAACAUGUAGUCGUCCCCAGUUACAAAGAGACAUGCAAUCACUCACUGUUUGCAGUAGUGGGAGACUUUCAAAUUCACAUAUUGUCAGCUGCUGAUGAUUGGUUGAGGCGCUCUUUGGUGCUGUCAUCACAAGGCUCCAUAAUGAUCAGAUGUCAGGACUCAGGAUAGCAAGGAAUGUCCUUAAUCUAGAUGCACGGCAGCUUUACACUGGUCAGAAUGCAAAAUUAUUACAACCUUUCUAUCCAUCAAUGGAAUAAAAGUUAAAAUAAAACUUUUGUUUUCCUUUAAAAAUGCAUUUCUGUUAGUAUUAUUUUUAUGGAGCUCUGUGAUGCAGACAGAAAAGAAGAAUAAAGAAUGUGGGUCCCCUAUGCAGGAUACUUAUACAGUAUAAAGUAUUUAGUAUUUGUAAAUAAAGUCACAGAUUAUAUUUUUUAAUAAAUUGCCAUUAAUAGUGUAAACAAAUAUGACAGUAGUCUAGGGAAUAAAACUGGACAAAUGGAGCUCCAAUCUAUGUAAUAAUCACCUUCAGUGAAUGUUGUGUUUAAGUCCAUAUACUAUGUAUAGCAUUAUGCAUCUUAUCACAAAACAGCUUCAAAAUCCUUAUAGUGCAAUUACUCCAUUUAUGGUAGUGUGAAAAGUGUUGUUUUUGUGAACAUUUGUUUGUGGCACUCCUGACAGCCUCCGCCAGAGAUCUAAGGCCUCAACAUACACAUUCAAAACCCAUUUGUAUCUCAUUUUUCUUUGUGCAAAUUGGGAAUGUGACAUAACCAAAUAUCAACUAUGCUGAGUACUGCACUAUAGGGCGGCCCUUGCUAUAUACAAAAUGUACCAUAUGACAGAGAACAGCUGUAACCACUUCAGUAUCAGGCCCUUGUACAGCUAAGAACUAAUGAGGUUUUGAUUUGAUUGGUUUUGCACUCUGUAUUCCUGUAAUAUAUCUUGGAAAUCUAUUACACCCCAAAAAAAACUUUCUUUCCUUUUUUUUUUGGUUUCAAGGAACCCUAUAACGUUUAGAAUACAAACUUGUAUUCCUAACUUUAGAGUGCCUCCUCAUCAUUUAGAUUCAGGGCCCCCUUAAAUUAUGUUAAAGGAAAAAAAAAAAACCUUUAACUUUUUUUCCAGUGCCGAGACUCACUCAUUGCAGCCGUCCGCUCCACUUCCUGUGACAUCAUCCAGCAGGCCUCGCUUCUUUGUCUGACUCAGUUUUCACAGUAAAAUCUCCACUAGCGACUGUCAGUAAGGCAGCCACUAGAGGUGUGUUUACCCUGCAAUGGAAAUACUGCCAUGUCUAUCAAAUGGCAAUGUUUUACAAUACAGGGCUAACACUGCACCCAGACUACUUCAUUGAGAUGCAGUGGUCUGGUUGACUUUUUUUUUUCUUAUCGUUAAGGACCAGGGCUGUUUUUACAUUUCUGCAGUGUUUGUGUUUAGUUGUAAUUUUCCUCUUACUCAUUAUUAUUGUACCCACACAUAUUAUAUACUGUUGUUCUCACCAUUAAAUGGAUUUUCUAAAGAUACCAUUAUUUUCAUCAUAUCAUAUAAUUUACUAUAAAAACAAUUAUAAAAUAUGAUGAAAAUAUUUUUAAAAAAUACACAUUUUUGAACUUUGACCCCCAAAAUCUGUUACACAUCUACAACCGCCAAAAAACACCCAUGUUAAAUAGUUUCAGAAUUUUGUCCAGAGUUUAGAAAUACCCAAUGUUAACAUGUGCUUAGCUUUUUUUUUGCAAGUUAUAGGGCUAUAAAUACAAGUAGGACAUUCCUGUUUCAAAAUAUAUAUUUUUAAAAUUUAUCAAUAGUGACAUUGUAACACUGUUAUCUGUCAUAAAUCUCUGAAUCACACCUCACAUGUACAUAUUCUUUUAACCCCUUAAGGACCAAACUUCUGGAAUAAAGGGGAAUCAUGACAUGUCACACAUGUCAUGUGUCCUUAAGGGGUUAAAGUAGACAGCCCAGGGUAAUCAAUAUGGGGUAUUUCCAGUCUUUUUUAGUAGCCACUUAGUCACAAACACUGGCCAAAGUUAGAAUUUAUAUUUGUUUGUGUGUUACAAAUGCAAAAAAACAAUUAUGAACGCUAACUAUGGCCAGUGUUUGUGACUAAGUGGCCACUAAAAAAGACUGAACAUACCCCAUUUGCAACACCUUGGGUUGUUUUCUUUUCCAAAUGGUAUGCCAUCAUGGGGGUAAUUCUUAUUCCUGGGCUACCAUAUGGUUUCAAAGGCAAAUUACCAAUCUGGAAAAUUUCAAUGUGAAAAAAACUGAAAUGCAAGCCUUAUAUUUGACCAUUUAACUUUCAAAAACACUAUAGCACCUGUACAUGGGGGUUACUGUUAUACUUGAGAGACUUCACUGAACACGAAUAUUAAUGUUUCAAAACAGUAAAAAUGAUCACAACAAUGAUUUAAUCUGUGAAAGUGCCGUUUGUGUGUGAAAAAUGCAAAAAAAAUUUCACUGACAAUAUCAUCACUGUUAUAUGUUUUACUGUUUUGAAUCACUAAUAUUUGUGUUCAGUGAUGUCUCCCGAGUAAAACAGUAUCCCCCAUGUACAGGUUUUAGGAUCUCAUGGAAAGUUACAGGGUUAAAUACAGUGCUAUCAAAUUAAAUUCUCUGGACAUUCAGCCUGGGUUGUCAGAUAGGUCCCUCAAUAAAAUUACUUAAUUAUGUAAAAAUAUUACAUAAAUAUGCACAUAGAAUUUAAAUAUAUGUAUAUAUUUGAAGUCUACGUGUAUAUUUAUGAAAUUAUUUAUGUAUAUUAUAUAUAUAUAUAUAUAUAUAUAUAUAUAUAUAUAUAUAUAUUUCAUAUUAUCUUUAUUUAUUAAUACAUAGAUAUAUAUAUAAUUUCAUUCUAAGUGUAUUUUGAUAUAAAGAUAUACAUAUUAAUAUUAAAAUACAGUUAGAAUAAAAUUAUAUAUAUAAUUUUUUUUGCAUUUCAUUAUUUUAAAUUUUUUUUAUUUUUAAUUAAUUAUUUUUUUAUAAUUAUAUAUACACAUAUAUACUAUAUAUAUAUUAUAUAUACGCCUGUAAUUUUACUCUAAGUGUAUUUUUAUAUUAUGUAUAUAUUAAUAAAAAAUACACUUAGUAUGACGUUAUACAUAAGAUAUAUAUAUAUAUAUGUGUGUGUGUGUGUGUGUGUAUAUAUAUAUAUAUAUAUAUAAAUAUAUGUAUAUCUCUUAUAUACAUACAUAUAUAUACAGUAUAUAUAUUUUAUUAACAUUAUUUUUAUGAUUUUACAGAAGCAGGGAGACUGCCUGUCAGUUCAGGCAGUCCCCCUACAGGCAGCACUAUGGACGGCUAUUGCGGCCAUGUGACCGCUCUUUCAGAGCGAUCACAUGGCCCGCGGGGCCUAAUUUGCCGAGGGCUGUCAGACAGUCCCCCCAGACCGAGAGGAACACUGAUCGCCGGCAGGGGAGUGGCGGCAAUCGGGUAAGUACUAGGUACGUCCUAGGUACAUAAGGACCAUUUUUGUCGGACGUACCUAGUAUGUCCAGGGUCGAGAAAGGGUAAACAUUUACAUUGUUAGCAUGACAUUUUCUGACUUCUAUUAAUGUAUACAUUUUGCACAAUAUUUCUGAAUUUACCAUAAUUCACUUUUUAGUCAGUGGAAUCCCUAAUCCCUGAAAUAAAGUAAUGGUGUUGCUGAAGACAUCACUUCAACUAGAUGCUUAAUAUUUUCAUUUAAGAUUUUGUCAUUUAUUUUUCAAAUUUUAGACCUCAAUAACCAAACUGGAAGCAUAGUGAAGCAUUUUUGUUUUCAUUUUCAUAUUUUUUGGCCUUAAAUUUGAAAUUCACUUUGAAUUCCUGACAAUUCUCAUUUGAAUUCUACCCCGUUAAAUAGAAAUCAUCAUAAAAUAUGCUUUGCUGUUAAGUAGCAUGUGUGUUCAUAUUGCAUGAGAUAUGGAGUUACAUACUCUGAUUUGAAAAGUAAUGUAUAUUGCACGUAUGCUACACAGACACGAUGUUGGCAUUUGGUAUUUAAUUUGGGACACAGGGCCGCACUUUGCCAAUAGCAAAGUCCUUGUAGUACCCCCUUGGUAUCUUCAAUCCAAAUGAGCGAGUUCUGAAUAUAAACUUUAUAACUAUGCAAUUACCAGCACAAUCCAAACUAGCCUUUAAUGCCCUUACAUAGAAGAAGUCCUUCUCUUAUGUUAAAUUUCGCCCUCUUUUUUCUUUCUUCGUGCUCUGAUUUUGUAGCCUGUAGUCAUGUGACACAAGGAAAGAACACCAACAGCAUUGAAGGCUACGCUGUCAUAGCAGCAGACAAAAACACCUGAAAGGUUAAUAUGUUGUUUUUGUUUAAAUCUCACACUCCUGAGGAAAGAAUAAAAUGUUUGGUCUCUUUAGUUUUUGUUGAUACAGGUGUACUUAGUUUUGUCUUGGGUGGUGAAUUAAAGCUUGUAUAAUAUUGCGAGAUAGAAAGAAUGAGCAGCUAUGGAGGCUAAUUGCAAAAGUAGUAAAUUGUGUUAGGGCCAUAUUAAGAAUAUCCAUAUUUCAUAUAUGUAGCAUAUACAAUGCUGAUUCAUUGCUUGACCCCAGUUAAUAACAGGUUAUGCAUGUUUAAACAUAAUUUGGAAUACUUUUACAUUAAGAUUUAAGCCUCUAAUUAGGGAGUCUCUCCUUGCACACCAAAGGACAAAAAUCCCUGUUGCAUGUCUACUUUAAUGCUCUGCAGAGACAAUAACAAGAAGAUGGCUUAUAGGUCAUCUCUUGUUGUAACUAAUAAAAAAAGUAGAAUGACACGUGGGCACAUAUAGUUAGACGUGGAUAUCUAGAGCUCAGACAGCAGCUGUCAUUCUGUGGGGCCUCAUAUUCAAAUUACAGUAGUGAAACCUCUGCAACAUUAUACAAUAAUAAAUUUAAAAUCGUUAAUUUCAAUGAUUUUAUACCUUUAUACAUACUGGAUCUGAGCAGUUGCCCGUGUGCUUUUUGCAGUAUUUGUGCAUAUUUAAUCAUCUACAAUAAUACCUCUUUCCUUCUGCAGACUCAAAAGCCAUUGUUGAUGGGAAUCUGAAGUUGAUCUUGGGUCUGAUAUGGACACUCAUUCUGCACUACUCUAUCUCCAUGCCUAUGUGGGAGGAUGAGGAUGAAGAAGAUGCCAAGAAACAGACACCAAAACAAAGACUUCUUGGAUGGAUCCAGAACAAGAUUCCACAACUUCCAAUUACCAAUUUCCAUCGGGACUGGCAGGAUGGCAAAGCUCUAGGUGCUCUCGUAGACAACUGUGCCCCAGGUAAACAUUUCUGUGUAAUAUCAUUUGGGCUCUGCAGUUUUUACCCUGCCCAAUUCAUUACUUGGGUAGGUAGGCAAAAUCACAUAGCAGAAUUAUACAAUGUUUGCUGUGAAGGUCUGUAAGUCAAAGUUCCAAAAGCAGUUGCUGGAUACUCUGCACUGAGCUAGAUCAGCCAUAGAUUCAAACAUUUUAUACUUUCUAUCUAUGAUAUAAUUUGGCAGAUAUAGCAACAGUUAUUAACAAACCAUUACACUUGAGUUGAGAGAUUGGUUCAAUGCAAUAGUCAGUGCAUAACGUCACAGGCAUCACAUGCUACAUUGGAUUACAGCAAGCAUACAGGUCCAAUUAAUAAAUUAUUUAUUUACUUAGCCAUUAGAAUUCUCUUGGAACAGUCUCAGCUGAAAAAAAAUAUUUGUAGUGUGCUAUAUUGCUGGACCAUUGUGUCAUCUUGACCCCUAAGCUGAACCCUGUCAGACUACAUAUGCACAAUACUAACCCCUUGCAGCACAAAGCACUUCUGGUUUUGUAUCAUUUAUUAAUUUGAUAUGUGUUUACACACAAUAACAUAUUUAUAAAAGAGGGAACAAUGAUAAAUUGUAAAAAAAAAAAUAAUAAUAAUAAUUAAAACAUUGACUUAUUAAAUAUUUCAUCCAUUAUCGUGACACAGACCUCACUCUUAAUAGAUAUACUUUUGAUUCAUUUGGAAGGACAGUUUGUUGUCAAACAGAAGUUCUGUCCAACAGGCCAGAUAAACAGAUAGGCUGAUAGCAUGAGCUCAAUUACAUCACUUUAUACACUUUACAAUGUAUUAGAUUUUCACUUUACACUGUAUUAGAUUUUGUGUAUUAACCAUUAUGGUUGUCUAUGUGCUGCAAUAUGUAUUUCUAUAAAGCAAUUUCAGGAUUUGCAGGAACCCUCACACUAUCUUAUAACAAGUCACACCUGCAGGUUAUCAAUAGUCUUAGAUAGGUUUAGGCUGCAAUCUGCAAAAAAAACUCAAUGGUUUCAUCUGUAUAUGAUUCUGAUCAGUACAUACAGUUGUUGCAAGCCUGUCUUAAAGGGACACUAUAGGGUAAGGAAUACAAAUGUGUAUUCUUGACCCUAUAGUGUUAAAAACAAUAUUUAGGUUGCCCCAUCUAAAUAGAGUAAAAAAUUACCGAACCUUUAUCCCAGCGCUGUGCGGGCUGCUGGCGCUGGCUCCUCACCCGAUUCGCAUCUUUGGCCAAUGUCAUCAGAAUUAUUAAAUAGGAAGUAGGGAGUGGAGCCAAAUGACCUGCAUGCCAAUUAGCAUCAGUGCAUCUCUAUGGGGAAAGUUCAGCAUCUCCAUGCGGAGUGUGAAGACGCUGAACGUCAGUGCUGCAUCUUUAGUGGCCGUCUAAGUGCCACUGGAGGUGUCCCUAGGAAGCAAUGUAAACACUGCCGAUCAGCGUUUUCUCUAAAAAUGUAGUGUUUACAGCAAAAUGCCUGCAGGGACUGACUAUACACACCAGAACAUCUACAUGAAGUUGUUGUUGUUGUUCUGGUGACUAUAGUAUCCUAUAGAGCCCAGCUGCACACCAUUCACCCCAGCUGUAAAAUGCUCCAUCCAUCUCAACCUUCCUUUAUGCUAGCGUUAGCUACAAUAGCUGGGAGUCUACAUUUUUGCCACCCCCAUCUAGAGCCUCUAAGGGCGAACUUUGUGAUCAUGUGAUCUUCACUUAAAGAUAGAUAUUUACCAUUAACAUUAUUCUUUCAUCACUGACUUGUGUAAAGUCAUAAAUGUAACGUCUUGUGCUCACCUGCCACAUUUAAUAUGUUUCCAUGUAAUUCCACUGACAACACAUGCACUGCCUGCUGUAGCCACUAAUAAGUAUUAUUUAAAGAGCCCAUGCCCUUUUGCAGAUGAUCAGUAAUAUAAAUGUAUUAGAUCAUAGACAGAAAUAUCCCAGAUAGCCCCAUGAGAUAGCCCCUCUCCAGCCCCUUGGUCUAGGAACAGCUGACAACCCUGUGUGUGCGCCUGAUAUAUCUCAAUGUCUUUCUUAUUUAUACACUCACACAGUACACAGAACUGCACUUUAUGAGACCUGUGUGCGUGCUCACCCACCUUUAUAUGUAGUAUGAGUAGAUUGUGGAACUAUAACUAUCAUUUCCAAAUAGAGAAGGUAACCCACACCCACUGCUUUCAUGAUCUCCUUAAAGACCAUUUACAAUAUAAUGCCACUGAGUAUCUCUAUUCAUUUAAUCUAUUUAAUUUGAUAUCUGUUAAUUUUGGGUCUUCAUUUGGGGUAAAUAAUGGUAAUUGCCUUGAACCUGAUCAUUCCCACUCAAUAGACUCAUUGAGUCUCUAUAUAUUAAAACAUUCACUUAUCAUGGGUAAAUCAAAGCUCCAUAUAAGCUGAUUUGCCAGGGGAGUUAGAUCAUCUUAGAAAUAUAAUAAACAGAGAAGCUAUCAGUAUUACACAUUUUCACGACCUAUACUGAAGUUAUUUUGGACAUGUCCAGAUCAGGUUGUUGGAAGCAGCAAUUGUAUUAGGGCUCCACUUAUGUUAUUUUGCUUGGAAUUGUACAGUCAUUCUGAAUGUAACUGUAUACUUUUGCCCGUUCAAUUCCAUGACAAGGAUGAAAUGCGGCUGCAACACUAUCCAGCUAAACUGUCUGUCGGCUUGCCAAAGAGGAAGGAGGGGGAGUAGGACAGAGAAGUGUGUAAUCUCAUAUAAGGCAAAAGACAGAGAGCACUCAAAUCUUCACCCACUCCUACUGAACACUUUUUGAAGUCCAAAAGUCUUUAUCCGUUGUAUGUGUGUGUGUGUAUAUAUAUAUAUAUAUAUAUAUAUAUAUGUAUAUGUGUGUAUAUAUAUAUAUAUAUAUGUGUGUAUAUAAAUAUAUAUCUUGAUAAAGACCCUGUAGGGUUGAAACGUUGAUAUGAUUUACUAACACUUGAUUAAACACCGUUUGAAAAUCCAAGAAAGUGCUCCUGAUUGACUACAUUUAUAUUAUAUAUAUUAUAUAUUAUCCUUUUAAUAGAUAUAGAUCACACUUCAUGCUGCACUGUGUAUAUAUACACAGUGCAGCAUGAAGUGUGAUCUAUAUCUAUUAAAAGGAUAAGUAGCGUGGUAUAUAUACUGAAAUCCAUUCAUGGUACUUUUCAAAAGUAGUCAGCCAGUAAAGCUGACAUUAAAGGGUGACGACGUCAGCGAUGGCCCAACCUUUCAUAUAGCAUGCAGAGUUUUAAGGAGCGAUUUAGAAAGGUUUAGUUUAAUCAUGAAGCUACAUUUAUAUGUUUGCUUUCAUAACAGCCAGACUUGCAGUUCUUUCCUGAUGAUUUUUUUUUUUUUUUUUAAACGCUGAAACAGUUUUACAGUCUAUAGUCACAUAGAUAGACGCAUGCAUACACAACUGCAAACAAUUAAUACGUUCUUCCAGUUAAUAUUUUUAAAACACAUAACCCCAAGACAAACAGACAGAGCAAUCCUUAAUGGCUCCAUGACUGGGUCAAGGUCAUGAAGGUUGUCGAAUUCACAAUGUUCACAGACCAUCAGGGCUAUUCACUAAACUCCAAAUUAUUGAAAAUUAAGCCCAAAUGGAUACAUUAGGCAAACAGAAUUAUGACUAUGACUCAGUUGGAGAUUUUUUUUUCAGAUUAGCUCUUUUGCCUUGUUUUUCCAUUCAGUUUUAAUUUGUGAUUUUACAUUUUUUUUUUUUUUUUUUUAGUUUAGUGGAUAACCCUGCAAGCAUUGUCCAAUAUUUUCUUAGUCAUCUGUGACCUUACCAACAAUACCACAAUUGAUUACACAGUUUGAAACAUUCUCCAUGCUCCACAUUAAUCUUUAAAAACAUAAAGCUCCAUAUUUAGGCCUUGUCCCACUUCAACAUGAACAUCACAUACAUGGCAUAGACUGGGUCUCACUGCAUAUAAAGUAUCAUGAAUAAUUCAAAUACAUUGUCCAUGCAAGAGUUAUUAGUACUUUGUUUCAUCUAAUUUGGCCAUGUACCACUUUCCCUGCUCAUUGUACUUGAUUUCAAUGUUUCUUUGUCUUAUAGGUCUAUGUCCAGACUGGGAAGCAUGGGAUCCCAACCAACCCGUGGAGAAUGCAAGAGAAGCUAUGCAACAAGCUGAUGAUUGGCUGGGAGUGCCUCAGGUUAGAGACAAUAGAUAACACAACAGAGCCCUUGAGUUAGAUCAAAGGUCAGAUAUGAUAUAUUCCAAUUUUUGCAGAAUUAAAGGGAAACAUAUCAGGUUGUAAAAGUACGUCAUAGAUGGUGAAAUGGAAAAUGAUGAGUUGGGGGAUACCACAGUUACUAAACCACAAAUGAAGGGAACUUCAGGUCAUGAAAACCCUUGACUGUGUAAUAUUCAUGCAUUAUAACGGUGAUUUAUUGGAUAAAGCUGAAGAUUUAAAAUAUUUGCUUUCUGAAGCUAGAAGAAAAAUAUAAUUUGCAGAAAACCACACGUAUUUUCUUUCGCAACCUUUGCUGUAGUAUGCCAAACCACAUCUUGGUUACAUAUGGUAAACUUGUUGGACUGGUAAGGAUGUUUCAAAUCAAUUCCCGAAGAUUAGUUUUUAGUCUGUAACUUUAAAACAAUGAGAAAAAAUGAAUAUCUAGGAUAUUGAUGUGAUAAUAUACAAUGUACCAAUGAGACGAAGUAGAAUAUCUGAGUGGAAGAUAACUGAUUAUUGUCUCACAACGCUUACUCUGUUUAUAUUCAGUAUUUUAUUCAUGGACUUGUAGAAUACAAAAAAAAUGUUUUCCAAAAAUGUGAAGUUUUAAGUAAAAAAAAAUAAGCGUUACAAAGGUGGACUAUCUUGGGGUACAAAGACCAACUUCUUCCUUGUUUUGACUAAAUUAAAAAUGUUGGAUCACAAGCAUUGCAUUGCGUUUUUUUACUUGCAAGUCAACAUGAAUGCCAGAAUUAUAUCCAGUUGUGUUUAGAGGCUGUAAUUUUUCCAUCGCUGGAAAUGUUUGGUUUUCUAUUCUAUUAUGCUAUUCUGUUAUAUAUUACCUAUUUUUGCUACAAAACUUGUCCUCAUUUUAAAGAUUCUGUCAAAUCUAUUGGUGUUAAUGUAGAUUUUUUUCAUGAUAAAAUGUGAAAUAAUUAGUGAUGUGUUUCCCUGUCACAGGUCAUUGCACCAGAGGAGAUUGUAGACCCCAAUGUGGAUGAGCAUUCAGUCAUGACCUAUCUGUCCCAGUUCCCUAAAGCUAAGCUGAAGCCAGGUGCUCCCCUUCGCUCCAAGCAGUUGCACCCCAAGAAAGCCAUUGCAUAUGGGCCAGGUAUGAAAAAACGCUCAAGGCCAUGAAUACUCAAAAGGGUUCAAUAGGUGGAAAAUGUGGUAUACCUAGGAUAUUCUGAUGUUCUAAAUUCUAUUUGGUUUAGGAUUGUAUACUCGAGACAUAAAGCAUGAUUUAGUAGAGUAGGAAAAGGUUAGGAAUUAUAAAGUAAAUUUCAAAUGUAAGACCAAAGUAUUUUUCCAGUUCUGCUAGUUUGGCAUUAAAUUUGUAAUUUAUAUUAAAUACAUUUUGGAAUUCCAACAAUUCUCGCUUUAGUAAAUAUCCCUGAAUGAAAAUAAGUUCUUGUGUUGGAAGGAAGGGGUUACUAUGAGAUGUCAGGUGGCCCCCCGCACGUCUCUAACUGCUGGCUUACUCACUGUAACAAAAUGUCUGUGUGACCUCAUAUUCUCAUUCUGCUCUGCUCCAUCUCCAUUUGGCAGUGUUAGGAUUAUUACAAUAUGUUGAUUUGAAGCAGUCAAACACGAUGCUGCCAAAACUCCCAAAUGUGGACAAUAAGAAGGCAGCCAGCACCAAAACAUGACCUUCAGAACAGCCUUUUUCAGUCCCUGUAGACAGCCAAGUAAUGUGAAAUGAGAACUUACAUCAGCGUAGCUAUACAUAGUAAACACAAAUAAAUCAGACUAUAUAUCAACAGGUAGAGAACUCUUCUCUAAUUUAGCCACUAGCAGUCAAUGCAAUUCAGCUACUGAUUUAUUUCGAGCAUUAAAGUAUGAACAGAAAGGAACCUUAGUUCCAGUGAUAAAUAAGGCAUUUAAUAUAGACACAUGCAUAUAAUUCACUGAGUUCACUGAAACGUUCGGGUUUAGUCACUAAACUUGAGUUAAGUGAACUUGAAUGGCAAAAUGUAGGCAAAAAUAACUGAUAAAAAUGUUGUUGCCUUUUUUUUAGGCUAAAGUUUGCCAUUCAGAUUUCAGUUUGCUACAAACUGGAGUUUGCCUCGUACUAUUUGUAAAUAUGUGUUGUAGAUAUUAUGUAUGCACAAUACGCACAGGCAUUAUAUGUUGAAAAAUAAAUGUAUAUAUGGUUAUGAAAAUUACCCAAUUUCCACCAUAAAUGCUUGUGUAAUAUUAAAGGGAUACUAGAGGCACUAAAACAACUUUAGCUUAAUGAAGCAGUUUUAAUGUAUAGAUCAUGCCCCUGCAGUCUCACUUCCAUUCAUGUGUUAAAUCACUUUCGUUUCUGUUCAUGCUGCCGUAGUCACACCUCCUAUGGCUGUGACUGACAGCCAGUAUGGAAAAAAUGGUUUAAUUUUCAGGAGUGCCUAUAGUGUCCCUUUAAAGACACAGCACAGUGGAGGUAUACUGAGUACCGUUGAACUGGAUGGGGAAAAUAAAAUAUACCAAAUUGCUUCCAGCAAUAUCCAUAAAGUGUUUUUUUUUCCUCUGCUUUAUCAUACUGGUAAGCUCACAUGUCAAAAGUAUAUUAAAUAAGUAUGAACAGCCUCAUAUUGAAACAUUUUUAUAAGUGGUGAAUAGUUGGGAGAAACAUUACUCUGAAGAAAAACAAUGGUUAUCGUCAAGCAAUAACUAUUCUUAAGCAGAUGAUUAGGCUCAAUAAAAUAAGAGUUUCCACCUUGGAAUUUUCCUUGGAAUUUUCCAACACUUAGUAAACCUUCCUGUAUGCAUUGUAAUGUGAUGUAUUUAUUCCUUGUGUGCCCAUUGUUGUAUUGCAGCUGUGACUCCUUUGGCUGGAUGCCAUUUUUUUUUAUGUUUCUAUUUAGCUGUGUUUUCUAUUAUUUGUGUCUCCAGGUAUCGAGCCUCAGGGAAACAUAGUUCUGAAGCCCGCCUUUUUCACUGUGGAAACCAUCCUUGCUGGCCUGGGUGAAGUUCUAGUAUUUGUUGAAGAUCCUGAAGGACACACGGAAGAGGUGUGAUAUAAAAUGUUAUUCUGCAAUAUAGUAACACAUCUUGUAGGGAGAGUUUUAUACCAAUAAAAUGAAAUUAAAGGACCACUCAGAUCACUUCAGCUCAAUGAAGUGGUCUGGGUGCCAGGUCCAUCUAGGGUUAACCCUGCAGCUGUAAACAUAGCAGUUUCAGAGAAACUACUAUGUUUACACUAGGGGUUAAUCCAGCCACUGACAGCCGCUAGAGGCUAGAGGCGCUUCCACGCUUCUCACUGUGAAAAUCACAGUGAGAAGACGCUGACGUCCAUAGGAAAGCAUUGAGUAAUGCUUUCCUAUGGACUGAUUUGAAUGGGCAUUCGCCGCUGACGUCGGAAGAGGGAGGAGAGUUCCCCAGUGCCGGGCUAUGGAGAAAGAUAAAAGUUUAGCUCCAUCAGCCCCUUGAGCCCAGCAGGAGUUGAACCCUGAGGGUUGGGGGAACCUAAAGACCCCAUAGUGCCAGGAAAACGAGUUUGUUUUCCUUGCACUAUAGUGGUCCUUUAAUAAUAAUACGGCUGAUAUUUAAUUUGUAUGUAAUGUAUGUGAUUGCACAAUCAACAAUAGUCAUUCUAGUAUGAAUUAACCAAUAUUAUUGAAAAGCUUUUCAUAAAUAUGUGAUAAAAUAAACUCUGUUGCUGGAUUGUGUAACUUAAAAUUCUGAUAGAAUGAUAAAAAAACACACAACCUAGAAAAGUAAGAUGACUGUGCAUUACAAACAGGGAGAAAAAUAUUAGGCCAGAUGAGUUAGGAUGAGUGACUGGUGAAGAGGCGGUCGCUUUGGGUUAGCUGGAGGGGUUGAACUAUGUAUGAAGAUGUUCAUGAAUAGAAGAAUCAUUUUGAUGAGUAUGAGAAAGGUUUUGAAAAAGGUUAAAAUUAGAGAUCAGUUUUCAAAUAAUUUAUAGUAGACUAACAGAAGAAAAUACUAUCGAAAUAAAGUGGUAGAUGAUGUAUAGCAGGCAUGUUACAUCCGACAGACCACAAUAAAUCACUUUAAAGGCUCCAGUAUGUCUGCUAAUGGAUAUAUCAUGAAUACCAUAGUUAUAGAUAACAGUAUAAAAAUAAGAACAACUUUCUGGUUAAAAUGUAGCAUAACUGUUGCCCAAAAGGUAGUGCUGUAGUAUUUAUUAUUUCCAGCUGUUUUCACUGUAUUAGAAAGACUGUUAUAAAUGUAGGGACUAUAAAAUAGGCAUUUGUAGUGGUUGUAUAACUCUGUCUUCAGAUUAAUUUUCUUUUUGGUAGCUGACUGCAAUCCCAUAUUUUAAAUAUCUUGAGUUGUAGCACUAAAUCACAUGAUCAUCAUUUCUUUUGUAGGCCAAAGUUGUUCCCAAUAAUGAUAAAGACAGAACUUACUCAGUCAGCUAUAUUCCAAAAGUGGCUGGACUCCACAAGGUAAGCAGCUAUAUUUAUUUGCACUUGUACUGGCACACCAUACGCAAGAUCUAGAACCAUAUGGUUGACAUUUUGUUCUUUAAUAGAAGUCUAGCAAUUCCCUCUACCCCACAUCAUAUGCUACUCUAUGAAAAUAUCAAUCUGGUUUUUAUAUCUAUCCUUGAUAUCCCUCAGUCUGACAGGUCUGUGUACUAACUAUAAUCCCUACUGGAUCAGUUUUGUAGAUCAGUGUUAUUCAACAAUACAAUUCAAAUGAUGGACAUCCACCCAUAGACUGGCAAUCAUUUAAUUUGUAGUUUUACAACAGCUGGAGAAUUGUUGUUCACCCCUACAUACUCAAGUUUCUUUUUUUUUGCUAUUACUAAUUUGUAAACUAACUAUGUUCCCCUUUUGUCUCUGUCAGUAUUAUUGUGUAUGUCCAUUACGUGUAGUUAGAUAUCCUCAUUCUGUAAUAAUGUGUAAAAUCUUGGCUUUAUAUAAAUGCUACUACUAUUACUAAUACUAAUAAUAAUAAGUGUCACUGACCUAGUUUUCCUCGUGUAGGUCACAGUGCUUUUUGCUGGACAAAACAUCAACAAAAGUCCUUUCAAUGUCAAUGUUGCCAUGGCAUUGGGUGAUGCCAAUAAAGUCACUGCAAGAGGACCUGGAUUGGAACCUGUUGGGAAUGUUGCCAACAAGCCAACUUACUUUGAUAUCUAUACUGCAGGUAAAUAUCAUACAUCACUCUCUAAGACUAAAUAAAAUGAUAUCCAUAGCUAGGUAACGCAUAAUCUUUCUUUCUUUUUUUUUUUUUUACCAGUUAGUCACCAGUAAUUAGUUAUGUAGGUUCAAUGAAGUUUGCAUAAUUGUUUCAACAGGGGCUGGCUCUGGGGAUGUUGGAGUGAUCAUUGUAGAUCCCCAAAACCGUCAAGACAUAGUGGAAGUGGUUUUAGAAGACAAAGGGGACAAUAUCUAUCGCUGCACCUACAGGCCAAACAUCGAGGGACCUCAUAAGAUCUACAUUACCUUUGCUGGGUCACAGAUCCCUAAAUGUCCUUAUGUUGUUAAUAUCUCAGAGGGUAAGGCAUUUUUUUUCUUCUAGAUUCACUUCUGUGAUUUUCCAUGCACACGUAGUACUGCUUUCAUUGUGCUGCAUUUAUAUUAUGAACAUCAGAUUGCUGCUUCUGUCUUUAUGUGAUUAUGACAUCUUUCAGGGUUGAUCUUGAUGGACUUCAGUCUUUUCCCAGCCUAGACAGCUAUGUAACUACGCACUCCAUCAUCCAUUUAUAAGCCCAUUACAUCUGUAACAUUGUCUUCUCUUCACAAACAUAGUGCUUAGGUUCAUAGGGUAGUAGUCUAAAGUAAUCCAAUUUGUAGUGACGUCCAUUCCUGUCAGCUAAAAAUGUCAAUUUAGACAUAGCCAUAAUUUACCUAGAAAUAAGCUGGCUUUCUCCAUUUAUCAUAAUCAGUGGUCUUAGCACAGUACAGCAAAUAACAGAUAAGGCAUCCAUAUUAUGCACCCUUUUCUUGUUCAAAAUGUUUCUACAUUCAAUUUAUAUCUUCAUAAUGACCAACAUUGACCCUUCACUUAGUGAAACGUUGUAAAAUGACCACUGAUGCAAACUAUCUACAUGUAGCAGUUGUUCUUAAUUGCUAUGCGUGGAUAGGAACACAUAUGUGUGUGUUUUAAAACUGAUGUAUCUGGAAAAGAAAAGUAGGCAUUUUAACAAGUAAUGACUGAUUUCAUGCACAGUUUAUCACUCUUCCGGUAUGCCCACUCAUUAAUGAGUUGUUAGGGAGUAUUUAAAAAUGUGGCUAUGUUGCCUGGUACUAUGUAUGUAUGUUUGCAUGUUUAGAAAGGGAGAUGGCAGCGCUGAGUUGGAAUGAUUUAAUCUUUUUGUAUGGACACAGACACAGUGGUUUACAGGAUAUUGGAUAUGUGUAAAUCUAUUCCACUGUGCAUUUAGUGUACGACAUUUUGUAUAUGAAUAAAUACUUUUUAGAUGUAAACAAGUCAUUGUUUGUCAUGCAGUGCCACUGUGUGCAUACCCUUGUCUCCGCUUUUUUUUUUUUAACUUUCUCUGCCCAUGUCUCUCUGCUUCCACUAUAGCUGUUGUUUUGCCCCAGGCUCCCAGCACCCCACCCCUGCAGAUCACCCCUCAGGCCAUUGUUACCCCACCUCCUGACAAAGCCAAGAAAGUGGCCCCUCCACCUCCACCCAAACCCAAACCACGCAAGUCAAGUUAGUAUAGCCUGAGCGUGGCCUACAAAAAAAAGAAGUGGGCACAGCCUGAGCAUGGCUUGCCAAGAAUGAGAAGGCACAUCCUGAGCAUGGCUUUUUUAUUAUAGAGAACACAGACAAUUCUGAAAAAAUAAUAGGCACUGCCUCUAUAUGUGAUCAAGCUCAGCUUUAGCAUGGCCUGCUGUGUCUAGUAGGCAUUGUCCGAGUUUGGCAUUGAAGUGUAACCAACUCUGUAUGCGUGGGCAAUGUGUGAGCAGAAUCUUCCUUGAACGAGAGUGAGUGGACUUUCAACUGCUCAAAUGAACAGUGCCCUACUGAACGAGAGUUAGUGGACUUUCAACUGCUCAAAUGAACAGUGCCCUACUGCAGAUCUUUUUCAAAUAAGAUAACUCAGCUCCAACACAUUUUGCUUUUAUUUAGCUAGCAUUUUCUCUGUAAGAUCUAAUUUUGUUAGGUAAAUUUAGUGGUCUGAGCAGGCCCAUUUUCUUACUAGAGUGUUGUCUGUAUUCCCAGACAUUUCAUACAUUACUCACUUUGUUUACAUCUUCCUACCUUUGAUUCCCUCUAAUACAAAGUGGCUGAAAUCAUGGUCACUUUGUAUUUACAAACGUGACAAGUGUUUCCCUUUGAACUUUGAUACAGAAACCAAAUAAAAUGCUGUCUCUUGUAUGUUGUGGUUUAUUUUUUUUGUUUUGCAUGUAUUAUCAAAUUGAUAAUGCCAGCCUUUAGUAGCUAUAUUUAUGUAGGGAUAUAUAAGGCAAAAUGAACGCAGGGUUCAUUGUUUGAUUUCACGCAGUGAUUUCAUUCUAUAGUGAAAUAAUCUUUUCUCCAACUGUAUGUUACAAAGAGAAAUGUUUAAACAAAAGAAAGAAACCUGUGCACUGAGUAGUACUGUUAUUUUUUCUUUUAGGUGGAUAUGCUGUACUGUAUAUUCUAGAGCUAAACUAAUUUAUAUAAAAUUACAGUUAGUAGCAUGACUGUAGUAAUAUUUUAAAGUGUCUAUUUUUGCACUUGCAUGAGGCAUUGGUGUUAUUGAUAUUAAAAACAGUGCAAAUGUCUGAUAUUCUUCAUAGAAGAGUACACUUUGCACGUGUGCUUUUUUUAUGGUUGCCAGCCUUACUGCCUGUCGUAGGAUCUGGGUUUAGUAUUGUGACUAGAGGAAUGAUAUUCUGUAACCAAUAAUUGUGAAAACUGGGUGAUAUAUGUUUGUUACAUCAGCAGUAUGGCUGAUUAGCCUCCUGCUUGCUCAGUGAAUGGGCCUAACAGUAAACCUUCUGUUUCUAUUGCAGCAUGUAACCCUAGUGCAUGUAGAGCAUCUGGACGUGGACUGCAGCCGAAAGGAGUGCGUGUGAAGGAAGUGGCAGACUUUAAAGUGUUCACCAAGGGAGCAGGAAGUGGAGAGCUUAAAGUGACCAUCAAAGGGCCAAGUAAGUAAAAAGGGGGAAGCUGGGAAAGUAGGUUACUACAGAACUUACAUAUAGAUAAAAAUAAAGCUAACAGUAUAAAAAAAAUGGCAUGACAGACCAAUAAUGAUUGAAUGAAGCAAGAAAUGAUGAGAUUGACAUUGACUUAUUUCUCUCAUGGCUUUCUAGAAGGCACAGAGGAGCCAGUGAAAAUCCGUGAUGCGGGAGAUGGUGUGUACGAAUGUGACUAUUUUCCAGUAAUUCCAGGAAAAUAUGUAGUAACCAUCACAUGGGGUGGAUAUGCCAUUCCUAGAAGGUGAGCAUGAAACAUACACAAAUAAUGACUACAUAGCUAAACUAAUGAAUCCUAUUUUCAUCUUUAUGUUUAAUAGCUGAGUUGUGAUUUGUUUCAGCCUACCUGAUUCAUCUCAUAAUUAUCAGCCUUUCUUUAUUAUUGUAUUUAUAACACUUAUGUUUGAUGAAUUUGCUAUUUUUCUACAUCUCUGCUAAGUAACAGGAAAACACUUUAAUCUUUAUGAUAAUUACCUUUUUAAUUAUUCUAACUUUUAAAUAAAAAAAUACACACAUAAAUAAUUUUGUACUUUGCUUUGGAAUGUACAGUCCUUUCGAGGUCAUCAUCAGCCCAGAAGUUGGAGUACAGAAGGUGAGAGCUUGGGGUCCAGGUCUGGAGACUGGCAUGGUGGGCAAGUCAGCUGAUUUUGUUGUGGAGGCUAUUGGUACAGAAGUAGGGACUCUUGGUAAGUGAUAAAAAAAAAAUCAAAUUAUUGCCUUGUGUGUAGCUGUGCAUGGAAAACUCUGCCACCAUAAUUCUCAAGUCUAGACCUCCAGUUCUGACUCACACUGCACAUUUUCACUCCCUAGGCUUUUCAAUUGAAGGACCCUCCCAAGCGAAGAUUGAGUGCGAUGAUAAAGGAGAUGGGUCAUGUGAUGUACGAUACUGGCCCACUGAACCUGGGGAGUAUGCAGUCCAUGUCAUCUGUGAUGAUGAGGAUAUUAAGGACAGUCCAUUCAUUGCACACAUCCUACCAGCUAGCAACAAAGGUUUCCCUGAGAAGGUACUAAAACAGUCUACAAGCUGUGUUGAAAUUCAUGUGGAUUUGAAACAUGUAAAUGAAGAGAGUCAUGUUUAGGAUGGAUGGAUCUAAACAGACAGAUAUACAUUAUUUGUUGCUUAUUUUAACAGAAAAAUAUCUAUUAAUAAGUGGAUGUUUUGCAAGUCUGUUAACUUUCCCUCCCCGCACUCUGAUUCCUCUCCUGCAACUGUCAUCAAAGCAAAACACUAAGCCCUCAAUGAAUACUAUCCUAGCCACCUCAUUUUCUACCUUUACCUUUUGUGUCACUAUACCCCAUUCCCUUUAGCAUGUAAGCUCAUUGAGCAGGUCCCUCAAUCAACUUGUCUGAUUACAAAUAUUUGUCUGUUAGUCCACCUAUUGUACAGCGCUACGGAAUUUGUUGGCACUUUCUAAAUAAUAAUAAUAAUUUUAGUUUUAUACUGUUUGCAUAUCUCAACAUAGCAAGGUUCUUAAUACAUACUUACUUGGCAAUUCAACAUUGCUGAUAUAGAUAAUAAUUUUCUGAUAGUAAAUAAUACCAAUAUUUACCCUAUAUCUCAUCUGUCUUUUUUAACCAGUUCUUCUAUCCUCUAAUAAUCAGUUUGUAGUACACUCCUAUUUUACUCUCUCAUUUUAACUAUCUUCUCCUCCUAUGUACUUCCCCUCCCUUCCUAGCUAUCACUGUCUGUCCAUCUUCCACCAGCUGUUCUUUUACGCAUUGAUGGAUUAUGUUCGGCUGGUGGUGGGGGUGAAAAAUAUUGAGGAGGACGCAUUUGUCUGACUGGAGUUCUGACAUUUAGAGACUCUUCUUCUAAUCCCUCGCUACUUUCCAAACAUAAUUUAUAUGACUAGGAAACUAUUACAAACAUCAAAGGCACAGAGAACAUCUCUGGCGCAUGGACUCAGUAAUGGUUGGGGGUAGACAUCUCAAGAGAGUGGGAGAGGGAGAGAGAGAUCAUCAUGGGCUGAUGUCCAACAUGAAGGCCUCUUUUUUGGCAAGGAAUAAGUUGAGGGCGAAUGUAAGAUAGUAGGAAUAGGGUAGAUUAAACAUGAAGUGAGAAGAUACUAAGAAUAAUUUUUAAAAGAUGAGAAUUUGAGAAGAAUAAAUAAAAAAUAAAAUAACAUGCAAAUAAUUGGGUGGGAGCUAAAAUAUUGCUAUUGCUUGUAUACCAUGCAUAAUGAAAAGGCAGCAAAACAAUACAGAAAAUUAGGCUAAAGAAGAAAAACAGCAAAAUAAUCAGGGAACUCGUAUGUUUUCACAUGAUUCCGAAUAUAACGAGUGUAUGUGAAGUACAUUAUUUUUCCAAGUACACACCCCACUGCAAGGAUUCAUGGAAAUGUCAGCUUAUGCAUCUAUUUUGUACAGGUUAAAGCAUUUGGUCCUGGCUUGGAACCCACAGGAUGCAUAGUAGAGCACCCUGCUGAAUUCACCAUUGAUGCACGUGCUGCUGGUACUGCUGAGCUUAAGAUCUAUGCCCAGGUAAUUCUAAUUCAACAAGGCUAACAGUUUGAAAUUCACUUUGAAUUCACUCCGAAUUUCAAAAAUAAUCCAGUAAGUGUGAAUAAAAAGAACUCUCAUUUAUGUGCGCCACUUUUGCUAGGAUGCCGAGGGAUCGCCCAUUGACAUCAAGAUAAAGGAUAAUGGAGACAACACAUACGUUUGCGUUUAUGUACCAACCAAAGCAAUCAAACAUACCAUUAUCAUCACGUGGGGAGGGGUCAAUAUUCCAAACAGCCCAUUUCGGGUGAGUAGGAGUGACACUGGAGUUUCUAGUAAUCUCUCUACAUUUCUACCUUUUCUUGGAACAAAUUUUAACAAAUGUUUGUGUUGAUAACCUUUACUUUCUUAACUCCAGGUAUUGGUGGGUGAAGGGAGUCAUCCCAAUAAAGUUAAAGUUUAUGGUCCUGGGGUUGAGAAGACAGGGCUGAAAGCUAAUGAGCCUACCUACUUCACUGUGGACUGCAGCGAGGCUGGACAAGGUGAGAUCUGAAUACAUAGAUAUGGUCAGCUGCUGAUGGCAAUGCUGCUGAUACAAGAUUUAAUAAACAUUGGUUGUCUUUAUCUGCAGGUGAUGUCAGCAUUGGGAUUAAGUGUGCUCCUGGGGUGGUGGGACCAGCAGAGGCAGAUAUUGACUUUGACAUCAUUAAGAAUGACAAUGACACUUUCACUGUGAAAUACACGCCUCCUGGAGCUGGGAAAUACACCAUCAUGGUGCUGUUUGCUGACCAGGUAUGACACAAUUACUAACAGCAGACUAGACAUAUAGUAGCUAUACAUAAUUAAGUACCAGAACCUCGAUGUGAUGCAGACAUAUGAAUGUGUGUGUAUCUAAAUGAACAAUGAUUCCAUAAUUAUAUAUAUUUCUCACUCUCUGUUAGUAAUCACUGAUCAUUUUUAUUUUCAUUUUAAAGGAGAUACCUAUCAGCCCCUUCCGUGUCAAGGUAGACCCAUCACAUGACGCCAAUAAAGUCCGUGCAGAGGGUCCAGGACUUAAUCGCACAGGUAAAAUUAUGAGACAUGUCAGUUUGGAAUACAAUGUAUAACUUCACGUAAAUUAGAACAGAGUAGUCCUAUAUAUAAUUAUUAGGAAGAGCAGAUUGUUAUAACUGAUAAUGGGAAAAUUAGCUAUAAAUAUAUUUGGGACAUAUAUGAUAGCCUUUGUACACAUUGGCUUAACCCCCUUAAGGACACAUGACAUGUGUGACAUGUCAUGAUUCCCUUUUAUUCCAGAAGUUUGGUCCUUAAGGGGUUAAAUGUAAAUCAAAAAUAAUAACUGACAAAUUAAUGAUAAAUAUUCACUUAGGAAUACAUUGUGGUUAUUUGAUCAUUGAUUAACUUUUUCUAAACAGUUUAGACCUACAUUUUAUAGCUGUUAAAAGAUUUCCAUUUGAACUCUGAUGAACAGACCACUCAGAAAUGUUGCUGAAUUUAAAUGGUUCAGAAUGUAGGUAAUCAAAAAUAAAUUAAAAAUAAUAUUUAGGAGUGGGGAAUAAGGUGUUGUGUUUUUUUUGUUUUGUUUUCCCCAUAAGUUACAAUUACAUUUAAUAGGAAUUACUUCAAUCUCUGACAAUUGAGCAGCUCGUUAUAAAGCCAUAAGAAGGCAUUAAGGUACUGCAGCCAUUUGACACUCUUUUACCUGAUAUAGGGGUGGAAGUUGGAAAACCCACGCACUUUACCGUGUACACGAAGGGUGCUGGGAAAGCGAAGCUGGAUGUUCAGUUCACAGGAACCUUAAAAGGUGAAGUCGUUCAAGACUUUGAAAUCAUUGACAACCAUGACUAUUCAUACACUGUGAAGUAUACAGCUGUGCAGCAGGUAUUUAAACCAUUUUUGCUAUAAGAUACUCUAUAAGGGUUAUGUGCAGUUGUUAGAUUCGGAGGUAUCUCUUAAUGGCACUAAACAAAACAAAGAUUGGAUUGGAGCGUUGGCAUGUCUUUGUUACAAGUUGUAUGAUCUUACGAAAUGUGUCUCAAACGAACAAAGACAUUUUAUGUUAUGCAUCACUUAAAAUAAUUACAUAUUCCAAGUACUUGGAGUGCAAUUCAGUUUUUAGGUAGUCACAGGAAUCAUGCAGGCAUCCUUGGGGAAAAUGUGAACCUUGAAAUGCCAGAUAAUGCAGCUUUACAUGAAAAUGUAUUUUUUCUUUAUAUAUAGAAUUAAGGAACCAUGCAGUUUGGCUGCUGUUUGAAUAAUAAAAAUCAAAACCAUCAUGCACUCUUAUCAAUGUGCUCAGAAAGCAAGAGAAAAAAAAGAUUUCAACAUUGAUAUAUAAAACAAUAAUAAAAUAAAUGAUUCCUCAUUAUGUUUGCUUGCAUAUGGUGCUUAUUGAAAGCAUAUUUCAGUUUCAGUAAGAGUAAUAUAAGCCGUAUGUAGAUAGUGGAAGUGCACUCAACCCUUCGUGCUGGAAUCCUGGGUGCUAUACUGGAAAGGUGCCAGUACCAGAAAGGACCAAAUAUAGAAUUUGGAUAUCGAAAAAAUCCAGGCACUCCAACGAAUUCCAAAGAAAGGCAGUUUUAUUGGAACCAAGAACCAGCAAGCAACGUUUCGACCCCUUAGGGCCUUUGAAACGUUGCUUGCUGGUUCUUGGGUCCAAUAAAACUGCCUUUUUUUGUAAUUCGUUGGAGUGCCUGUCUUUUUUCGAUAUCCUAAGAGCAAUAUAAGGACUGAUAUCCUAAUGAGUAUUCAUGAAAAAACUUCAUUUUACCAUGGAGUAGUCAUUGCUAAUAUGACACCCCUGACCUAAACUGUGUAGCUGUAGUUUGACUAAUGGACUUUGUUAUCAAUGUAACUGUUUUUACAUUGAUAACAAAAGGAAAGAAGCAUGGGAAUUGUUUUUUCCGAUAGCCUAUGUAAACAAUAUAGAGGAACUACUUAGUCAAGGUGCCAACUUGAAUAAGAAGAUAUAUAUAUAUAUAUAUACAUACACACAAACACAAAUAUAUAAAAUACAUAUAGAUUUAUAUAGGCCGUGCUAUUUUAGCAUGUAUAGUUCUAUAGAAUAAGAAACAAAGUAGACACAUUAUAAGAAAAGAAGACACCAUUUUCAAAGAUAUCAUACUCUAAAAUGUGAAUAUAGCUUGAUGGAUUCAAAUUAAAUGACAUUACUUGCUACAGCAUGGAGUUCUGUGAACAGGAUUUCUAGCAUUCCAUCAGGGUAGGCAUCUUCAGUUUGACAGUUCCUGCAAAACUUCAUAGUGAGUUGCGUCUGUUGCUUUAGGUAUGAUAUCAACAAAUUUUAGCAGAAAAACCUAAAAUAUAUAUUUUAAUAAUAAUGUUAGACUGCUUGAAUAUUUGUUUGUUUUUAUUCGUAUCAGCUAAAAAUCUAACAUAAUGAGUUAAUAAAAAAAAUCUGUAAAUUUAAAUUAUGUGGGUAGAUGAUGUAACCAGUGGUAGAAUUAUUUAAUGUUUUUAAAAUAUAGUCGCAAUAAAUCAUUAUAGAAAGCUUCAGUCUGUAAUAGCUUUCUAACACAUUUCUGCAUUGUAAAUGCAUGGUUUCCAUAUAAUAACAAUUUUACUUUUCUUCCAUCUGCUGUUUCAGGGUAAUAUAACUGUAUCAGUGACGUAUGGUGGGGAUCCGAUUCCUAAGAGUCCCUUUAUUGUCAACGUGGCUCCACCACUUGACCUGGGCAAAGUCAAAGUUCAAGGACUCAAUAAUAGUAAGUAAUAUGUUUGCAUGUGCCCUGUUUAUUUUCAUAUAAUGUAGAACUGUGGUUAUAUAAUCUCUGUUUGUUUUAGUGUAUGAAGAAAGCAGGCCCAACAUGUGCUUUUAUACAUGUGUGUGUUUAUACAUGUGUGUGUAAACCAGACCUACAUGUUGGUUAUUUCUAUUCCUCUCUCACAGAGGUGGAUGUUGGGAAGGACCAGGAGUUCUCCAUUAACACUAGUGGGGCAGGUGGUCAAGGGAAGGUAGAUGUGAAGAUCACAUCUCCCUCUCGCCGUCCAAUCCCCUGCAAAGUGGAAACUGGAGUCACCAGCGAGAUUCACACUGUAAAGUAUAUGCCUCCUGAGGAAGGACCAUACAAGGUGGAAAUCAGCUACGAUGGACAUCCUAUCCAAGGAAGUCCCUUCUCUGUGGAAGCAGUAAUGCCCCCUGACCCUUCCAAGGUACUAAUUGCAAGGGAUCCUGGGAAACGUUUUAGCUUAUCUGAUAUGUCAGUACGAUGGUGAUCAAUGUCAGCACAUAUUACUGCACAUUUUAAUUUUUCAUGGAGAUCAUUGCAAAUUUGCUAUAUUGAAUUUUUAAAGUAGAGUUGGAGGAGCUACUUUUUAAAAAAGCAUAUCAGGUACAUAGACAUGGUACAUCACAGUAGAAUGCCAAGACAUUUGUCUCUGAUUAAUGUGUAGAAUGUCUAGCUCCUGAUAUGAUACAGUUGCAUGGAAUGCAAAGGCAACUGUGGCAAACGCACCAGUACACAGAAGAUGGUGUACUUUUAUAUCAUCGCUUUAUAUCAUCGCUCCACUUUGCAUCUCAGCAGAACUGAUAUUUAUACAGGAAUGCUAAUACUGUAUAUACAAUAAUGUAUGGUAGUAACAGGUUUUUAUCCAUUACUCUGUGUUUGCCACACCAUUAGUAACAUGUUAGACAUUGUUCAAAAAUCUUUUCACGAUUACAACAUGCUAGCACCAUUAUCACACUCUGUAGCUCCUGUGCUCCUCAUAUGUUAAUAUCAGUAUUUUUUCGCUCGCUACCUUGUAUAUGUAUUUUUUUUUUUUUUUUUAUAUCCCAGUUAUAUUUCUUUCCAGCUCUACCUUUGCAUCUUGUUCAUGUUUUGUCUCUUCGAUUCUCUGCUGUUCUAUGUCCUGGCACACUCUGCGUUUCCUGCCAUGUGUUUUUCAUUUCUGUGUGUGUAGGAUGCAAAGUGAGUGUCAGGGUAGAGCAGCCAGAGGAGAGGGGGGAUAGAUAUCUGCGUUUAAAUAAAACCGUAGCUUAGCUCUGAAAAUUGACCCCAAGGGGAACAUAAGAUUCAAAAGAAGUGAAACGACCUCCCACCCCCUCCUCCAAAGAAAUCUCACACAUCUCUGAAGCCCUCCUGCACCAGAGAUCAUAGGUCAACAGCUCCCUCUGUCCCAUAGAGUUUAACACACAUGCAUCUUAUAUUCUUUUCUUUGCUGUUUCAUUCCGGUAACCCAUUCGCUGCCAAAGAUAAUUUUGAACUGGGAACAAUAGCGGCAAUGAGCGGCAUACUUUCGAAAUGAACAGAAAACCAGCAUAAAAUAUAAAUCACAACAUGCAAUACUUUUUUCAUAGCUGGUAAUACUUCUAAAGGACUUAUAGUAAUACAACAAUAAAAGUAGUUCUCUGAAUUAUUGAGCGAAUGAUCUUAAAUAGAACAUGUGUUUAAACAUCUUUCUCUGACCUCAGACAAAUUUAGAAACCCUGUGCUGAACUUAAAUUAUAGAUAUAAAUGAUCAUUAUAAUUGCUAAUACAAAGCCAGAAAUUUCUAGAUAACAAUUUGUUUCUGCUUGCUGCCUCGUUGUCUAUCACAGAAUGUAUCCCUUUUUUUCCAAUAUUCUUUAUUUGAAAGUUCACAUAUAGUAAAAAUUAUACUGCUUACAGAUAUGGAACAAUGAAAGUGUUAAAGUACAUAAGAAUCAAAAGACAUAUUCGAUGCGUAUUUUUCAAAAUGGUCAAGAACAUUGUCAUAGGCUACAUAGAGUCUCAGCAAAAUAUACUCUCAUAGCCAAAGCAUAGCCAAAGAGUAGUCUUCGCCACCUAUACAGUGGUCAUGUUCUAAAAGUAUAGCACAGAGACUUAGAAUGUAUCCCUCUAAGGACCAUAGUAUGAGCCUCACUGCCAAACAAGGCAGUGUAGAGAAUUGCAUGAUGUUGAACGAAGUUACAAUGAUUAAAAUUAGCUUAGAAACUGAAAGGAGAAAUAAAGAUGUAUGUUAUACAGAAUAACAGGAUGGCAUAUAGGAUUACAAAGUAUGAAAAUACAGGACAAAUGCAGAGGAUUCAAAGGUAACAUGAAGACAUGUUGGAGACAGAAAGAAAAAUUAAAGCAAGGGAACCAUUAUUAUCAUAAACUGCCUUUAGAGUAAAGCUAACUGUUUAUUUAGACAUUGCCACGGGAAAUAGAAACCCUGACAAUGUGAGGAACAGCAUGAUAAUAUUUAUUUUAGAGGAUAAUAUGAGGAAAUGAGAUGCAAUGAAAGUGAGAGCUGUCUUGUGUUUGUAAAUCAUCUCCCACAAAAGCAAACUUAAAUGAUUUCAAACUGUUGCCUUGCUGAUAUGUGUAACUACAAAUCAAAUACUAAACAAAUAAACACAUCAUUCCAAACUUAAAACUCUUACAUAAAUUCAAGAACCCACCCAUAUUGGGCUGUCAGCCAUGCAUACAUAACACAAGCUUUUCUCCAAGAAAAAUAUAUUUGUGUCAAACCACAAUUCAGCUAGAGUGGUUGUAAUGAAAUGUAUUUAAUUUGUUUGAAUUUUUGGCAAACAAAACUAUUCAUUAAAUUAUUUUUGUAUGACUUUGGAUCUCAAAUUGUAAACUAUAUAUGAAGUCAUGUGGAACAUGAUCUGCUACAAGUCACAUAGAGUCUAUGUUCUUAUGGAGUAAAUGCAUUUUACACGUUCUAGAUUGAGAACUUACAGGAGCUUCCUAAGGAGCAAAGAAAGCAAUUAACUAAAAUCCUGACCUCACCGAGUUAAUUACAGAUGUCAUUUUAUGUUACACUUUAGCAAAUACAUGUUAUAUAAUAUUCUAUGUCCUGAGACAUAUAACUGACACCGUUUUAUAGAGCAUAAGGAUUAAAACUAAAUUGAAUUAAUUAUUUUAUAUAAUUCAUUGUUUUAUUAUUUUUUUUAUCCCAUUGCCAUGAAAUGAUAACGGUCAUUUGGAGCUGUGCACUUCUAAAUGACUUGUUGUAAUAAUAUUAUAAAUAAUAUGGCAUUAGACAUUAACAUGUUUCAAUUUUGUUUUUCACCUAUUUUUCCUAGGUUCGUGCAUAUGGCCCAGGAUUAAAAGGCGGUUUUGUGGGUAAACCAGCUCCGUUUGCCAUUGAUACUAAGGGAGCUGGUACUGGUGGACUGGGCUUAACAGUAGAGGGACCUUGUGAAGCCAAGAUUGAGUGCCAAGAUAAUGGUGAUGGCUCCUGCUCAGUGUCCUACCUCCCAACGGAACCUGGAGAGUACUCCAUCAAUAUCCUGUUUGCAGAAUCCCACAUUCCUGGUUCUCCAUUUAAAGCGGACAUCCGCCCUGUAUUUGACCCAAGCAAAGUUACAGCCAGUGGGCCAGGUCUGGAAAGAGGAAAAGCUGGGGAAGUAGCCACAUUCACUGUGGACUGCUCAAAAGCUGGUGAUGCUGAGCUUACCAUAGAGAUCCUGUCAGACUCAGGUUCCAAGGCUGAAGUUCUGAUCCAGAAUAAUAGUGAUGGGACCUACAGCAUCACCUACAUCCCUUCCUGCCCUGGAGCCUAUACCAUCACUAUCAAAUAUGGUGGACAUGCAGUACCAAAAUUUCCUGUUCGUGUCAAUGUGGAGCCAGCUGUGGACACCAGUGGUGUAAAAGUAUUUGGUCCAGGGGUGGAACCAAGAGGUAAUGGACAAAUAAAUGUAUACUAUAUAUCCAGUAGAUUAACUGCAUUUACAACAUAUUAAAUUGGUAAUGAUGUCUGUCACAAAACAUAUUUUAAGGGGGAAAAAAACAACAAGUUAUUUCCAUAAAAGCUGACACAGAAAUAUGAUGGGCCAGAAGUAAUUUAAAGGAAUACUUAAUUAGUAUGUCCUAGAGGAGGGGCAAUUUUUCAUGUUAUAAAAAUAAAAAAUGUAAACUAGUGGCUUGAUAAUGACUAAUUAUAAGUAUGGUUUAGAAGAAACAUGUUUCUGUUAUGAUUAUAUCUGCAGUUUCUUGUCCUCCCUUUAUUGAUGGCUAGAGAUGCUGCAGAGAGGCAGAGCAAUAUUGUGUAAAAACACACAAUUUUCAAGGUGUAAGCCCCUCAGACUUGCUUAGACUUAACUCAUUGGCUUUGCAGUGGGGCAUCAGAUCCUAGACAAGAUAGGCCUUCAUAUUGUCCUAUCUUCUAAGCUGUAAUUGGGUAACAGAAUCAGGGGGGUGGAAUCAAACCCCUUCAAGGUGGCUGUUUCCUAAAUACAUGUAUCUGUAGGUUUAUGGUGUUGUAUGAGUUUUUCUCUUACUUUGUCAGUGGUUGAGUACAAACGGUUAAAUGAGUAAAAUCCAACAGGUCAAGGGCAGAGUCUAACACCCCACCAUCUUUAAAAUUCCCUAGCUGCUACUGCUGCUGAUUUUUAUUUAUAAAUUUUUUUGCUAGUACAAUUUUGGACUUCUGUUGCAAAUUUGAUGGUUCAUAGUAGACAGAACAUUAAUCUGUUUACUUUUUUUCCCAGGUGUUCUCCGCGAGGUCACAACAGAAUUCACAGUUGAUGCUCGUUCUCUGACGAAGACAGGUGGAAGUCACGUGACCACACGUGUGCUCAGUCCAUCAGGGGCUGUAACUGAAAGUUUAAUUUCAGACAAAGGAGAUGGGACAUACCUUGUACAUUAUACAGCAUAUGAGGAUGGUAAGAAAACCAUGACUAUCCACAAUGGCAGUAGAUGGUGGACAAUAAAUAAUUUGUAUAAUAUUAAGCUUUAUAAACAUGUGGCUAAAUUUAAGGUGCUAAUAAUUCUAUAUAUGUUUAAUCUCUUAGCCAACAAUAUAUAGAAGUCAAACAAGAAGUGGAAAAACCAAUAUAACCAUAAUAACUUUCUCCUUACAUAUUCUAAGUAUAGCAUUUUGUUAGCAGCUAGUGCAGAGUGUGCCUUUGAAUUACUGUAAUGCUAUUUUGAGUUGUACAAUAUUAGUAAUGGGUAGUCAUUUUCUGAUCUGUGAUACCAUCCUGUAGGUGUGCAUUUGGUGGAAGUUCUGUAUGAUGAUGUUCCAGUCCCCAAGAGCCCAUUCCGAGUUCCUGUCACCGAGGGUUGUGACCCAUCCCGUGUGCGAGCAUAUGGUCCAGGUCUAGAAGGUGGGCUCCUUAAUAAGUCCAAUCGCUUCACUGUGGAGACCAGGUAAGAAACAGAAUUUUUAUUUGAAAAGCCAUAUUAACUAUAUUUUACAUGUUAUGACGCUUAUGUUGUCCUUUGUUUGUUCCAGGGGAGCUGGCACUGGAGGUCUUGGUUUGGCCAUAGAAGGUCCCUCUGAGGCUAAGAUGUCCUGCAAGGACAACAAAGAUGGCAGCUGUAGUGUGGAGUAUAUACCAUUCACUCCUGGGGAUUAUGAUGUCAAUAUCACCUUUGGUGGACGUCCCAUACCAGGUAUGGUUUCAAAUUUAGCACUGUGAAUCCUUCCCCGUUGUAGUAAAUACAGCAUCAAUACAAACUUUUCUCACAUUCAUUGUACCAUGUUUGAUUUCAUACAAACAUUGAUAGUGCCCAGCUCAUCACACAUUAUUAACCUGCCAUAUAAACACAGCAUGGAUGUACAGAUUCACCAAAAGCCUAUCACUAAUAUGUGCAAAAGAACAGUGACACCCAUUGUGUCUUUCUCACAAAUGGAAAAACCCAAUGAUGCCAGCCUGCCAUACAGAUGCUCAUACAAAAAAAAAUGAAGUAUUUAUUUCCACAUAAACCACUGCAAAUCAAACCCAGCUUUAAUAUUUCAUAAAGAGACUACAGUGAGAGUGAUCUAACUCUGUUUUUAUUCUACAGGAAGCCCAUUUCGUGUGCCAGUAAAGGAAGUUGUGGAUCCAAGCAAAGUGAAGUGCUCAGGACCAGGUCUUGGUGCUGGAGUGAGAGCCCAUGUGCCCCAGACUUUCACAGUAGACUGCAGCAAAGCUGGACUGGCACCACUUGAGGUUCUGGUGCAGGGACCAUCAGGUACCCUUGAAGGGGGGAGGUGGAAACUACAAGACAUUCAAUAUAGCGCAGUGAAUAAUAUUGUACACAAAACCAGUUAACCUAGAAUAUAAAUAUAAAAUAGGAUUGUUUAGCACAAAGCCUUUUUUUAAUUUAAAGUUUUUGUUUCUAAAACAUAUUGUAUCGUAUAGAAGGACACUUAUAAGCAUUUUCUUAAACGCACCUGAGUAUGUAGGAUUUAUUCACAAUCAGGGAAUAUUUAUUUGUAUUUCUGUGCCAGGUUUGGCAGAGCCAGUAGAUGUUCGUGAUAAUGGGGAUGGAACUCACACUGUGAACUACACCCCAGCCAUGGAUGGACCAUACACAGUGUCUGUUAGAUAUGCUGACCAGGAGGUACCACGCAGGUGAGAUUCAGGAUCGCUUAUACUGUAUUCCUAGUCAGGAUUUUGUGGCUCAAUCUGAAAGUUGAAGGAGAGGCCAUAGAAUUUAAACUGAACCCAAUCUUAUUCUUCCCAAACACAGCCCAUUCAAGAUCAAGGUGCUGCCUACCCAUGAUGCCAGCAAAGUUAGAGCCAGUGGCCCAGGAUUAAACACAGCUGGUAUACCUGCUAGCCUUCCUGUGGAGUUUACCAUUGAUGCCCGUGAUGCCGGAGAGGGGCUGCUGACUGUUCAGAUUCUGGUAAAUAUAUCAAAUAAAUUACUUCUCAUUAAAUAUAUUGAUAUACAAUAUGUACAUUAGCCACUUCCUCUUGCAAUGACUCUAUAUAUUUCUCUGUAUGAUUCCUAAAAACACCUUAUAUUUUAUAGAUUCAUACACUACCGCCCUAUAAAUAGUACUGGUUUUUGGGCUACAUGGAACUAAAAUUUUAAUGGACCUAAUGAGAGAAGCUGAUUUCACAUUUCAUUGUCAUAGAGAUUAUGGUCUAAAUGUCUGACAUGUAGAAGUCCUACCUCGGAAUUCCUCCCUCCCCCUUUGUGAUCACAAUGUCAGAUCAGCGUUGAGGUUUUGCACACAAUAUGAAACCCAGCCACUGUGCACAUUAAUAAAUAAAAGAGACAGUGUGAUAAUAUUGGAACUACAUUGUAGUGACAACACCUUGUUUCAUAAUAAAUGCAGGUAAAAAUCAUAUUGUGGCUGUUUGGCCAGUGGAGAUACAUCCAUAAGUGGAGGUGCAUCAACCUACCAUUUUUUUUUACAUCCUCAGUUAUUAUCUACUCUUUUCCUUUCGCCUAUAUAGUUUUACAAUUGAACCAACUUUAAGAAUGCAGUUUUUUUGGCAUAUUUCAUAAGAUUUUCAUUUACCAAAUAAAUAAACUUAUGAUAAUGAACAGGGCAUGAUGACUCAUAGGCUCAGGGUGUUCAGUAAAUGGAGUUACGCGUGGGCUGCCUGUGAAGUGUAUUACCUCACAAUUAUAAACUUCACUACCCUGCAAAGGCAAUGGGCCUGGAGCUGCUGCUCCAACGGCCCCUAUCUUAAACCUGUUCUGCCUACAAUUCCUUCAGUUAUUUCAUAUAUCUUAUUAUAGAUAAAGAUGCCUUAUGAUAAAAACACAUCACACAUUCAGCAUAUCAGACAGAAUGAAGAGUUAAUGGAAUCACUACUUAUUUAACGACUCUAUUUUGAUCAUUUGGUGUAUUUAUAAAAUUGAAUGACCCCUAACAUGCUCCUUAAGCAGCUGUGCAAUUUAGACAUCCUAUUGGAAUGAGCUCAUUCAUAUUUAGGUCUUGUUCAUCGGUUUAGAGAUAAAUAGCCCCAUAUAGUGGGUGUAAAGUGAAUUGCAUCUCUUAGUGUAACAAUGUAAAAUGAGAAAUUUCAACCACUUGCUAAUGCAUGACUGAGUUGUGGGAGUGGUUGGAGACAUGACUUAAAAUUAACGUCAUAAUUUCUGAGGAGAACAUUUGCAAAGUUUUAGGAAGGUGCUUUAGAUGAAGAAUUAAGAAAAUCAAUCUAUUUAUUUUUUAUCCUUAUUCUUCUUUAUAGGAUCCAGAGGGAAAACCCAAAAAAGCCAACAUUCGAGGAAAUGGAGAUGGUACUUACACAGUAUCAUAUGUGCCAGAUAUGGCAGGAAGAUACACCAUCACCAUUAAAUAUGGUGGAGAUGAGAUUCCUUACUCUCCAUUCCGUAUCCAUGCAGUGCCUACCGGAGAUGCCAGCAAGUGCUUAGUGACUGGUGAGUGUUGAAGUAUAGAUUUUUAACCUUAUCUGACAAACAUGUUGCUGACACAGGGAAGUCUAAAAAUGGAUGAGAUAUUGGUAGGUUGGGGUGCCAGUUACUUGAAAAUGGUGAAGGAUGGAUGGCAGAGAGCAUACAAUUUAAUAGCAUCACCAAUUUUAACAUCAAAAUGGUUGCUGUUUCAACUUAAGUGACUUCUUCCUAAAUGCAUACAUAAUGUAAAAAAUCCAUUUUUAUCUGUUUUCCCUGCAGUGUCCAUCGGAGGACAUGGUUUAGGUAAGUUGAUAAAUAGCUAUAUUAUAUUUAAAGAUGGUGUCUGUAUUCAAAGUGAUUAUAUAGUUGGUAGGUUUCUGGUUUAUAGACUUUAUAUACUUCUGUACACUUAUUGCGUUCUGAUUACAUAAAGUACUAUGAGAAGCAACAUUAAUGAUUAUAAGAAUUGGACUGAAUUACCACCCAUAGGAUUCUUGUAUAAGAUUCAGUGGAUCAGAAGUUAUACUCCAGAAAUGUGAAUUGUAGUAUUUCUGACUGGGUAAUUCCAUCUGGAUAGAACCAGCUGCCCGGAGUUUUUCUAUAACCCUAUCCUUGGCCACAUAGCACAACCAUUAUUUAAAAAUGUAGAUACAUGUAGAUACAUUUUGGGGUUUCUCAUGAUAAUUUAGAAAUUAUUUCAAGUGAACAAUCAAUAUCAAUUGCACGGUUGCAGCUGACUAUGUAGAGUUAAAUUUAUUUAGAAAUUAUAUAAUUUAGAUUUUAUAUUACUUGGUUAGUACUAUGUACAUAACAGAGGAAUGAAUAACAACUAGCCUAGUAAUUAAUAUUAAGCAUUCAGUUCCAUGUGGUAAUGUAUCAAAUAACUAUGUGUGUGGGUCAUGCAGGAGCCUGUCUUGGGCCUACUAUCCAGAUUGGAGAGGAGACUGUCAUCACAGUGGAUGCCAAGGCUGCAGGAAAGGGAAAGGUGACCUGCAAGGUGUCAACUCCAGAUGGAGCAGAACUAGAUGUAGAUGUGGUUGAAAACCAAGAUGGCACUUUUGACAUAUACUAUACCGCACCUGAGCCAGGGAAAUAUGUCAUCACUAUCCGCUUUGGUGGAGAGCACAUCCCCAAUAGUCCUUUCCAUGUCGUGGUAAGUUUACUAGACAUGGUGAGAGAUUCUCUCCAUUUAACACUCCGCAUGUAACGUGUGCCUUCCCUCCCUUUCAUUAGGCAUGUGAUACUAUUCCCAUCAUAGAGGAACCGUGUGACACUGUACAGCUACACCAGCCUUACCCUGCACAUCUCCCCGGCUAUCCAACUCACUGGGUAUAACAGAGAAAAUUCUCUGCUCCUGUACCACUUAAAUUCCUAUCAUAAUCAUUCUCCACUCAGCAUCCCUUCUUAUAAACAUCCAUUCUGUAUUUCUAUCCAUCAUCCAUAGUUCUAUAAUCUAGUGCAUCGUAACUUUCUUAUUUUUGUAUGACAUAAAUGAAUUAAUGCCACAGGCAUGGGAAAGGGAACACUGCCAUUCAUUAGUCUACAGUAUAAGGGUUCUUCUCUAUAAUUAAUACCCUGUUUAAACAUUCUUUCCACACAGAGCCUAAUUUCCUUAACACAAUUUUGCUGAAUUUAAUAUUUGUAUAAAAAAAGUGGCUAUUCACACAUCACCUGCUGCCAUGUAUAAUAUUGUGUAAUCAGGUGGGAUUGUCAGAAAAAAGCAAAUGCAUGCCCUUAAAUCUAAAGCAUUGUAAUCUCACCAAUAAUAUUGAAGGUUUAAUAUUUUGAUUGUGUUCUAUGUUAGGAAGCACAUUUAAAUCACUUAAUAUAGAUUUCCCUAAUUUUUUUGUUAAUAAGUAGGAUGAUUAUUUCUCCAUAAUGACCACAUACACAUGCACGCACAAACACACAAACAUUCAAAACAAUAUAGUACUCUUUGGACUUCUUGUGAAACUAAAACAACUUUUUUCUUGUCCUAGAAGUGCUGUCCUUUUUCAUAGUUUGUACAUUCCAAAGGAGUUUUCACUCCACAAGUGCUUUAUCCUGAGAUUUACUUUCAUUUUCUGCUCUUGAUUCUGUGCUUUUUUUUCCCCAUCAAAAAUAUUUAUUUUGAUAACUGUGUUGUUACCUAGUUUAUGGAUUCCCCUUUUAUAAUUAUGGUUUAGUAUUAAUUGUUUCUCACCUAUUACUGCUUUUAGAAAGCUGUUUUUCCUGAAAUGAAACUGCUGUCUAUUUACUGCUAUUUUCUUUCUUGCUAUUUUAUGUUUCCCUUGUCUUCUUGUUACACAGAGCAUGGCUUAUUUUUACUUGCGACAUUAUAUUGGGUUAUGUUAACUUUAACUUUCUUUCCUAAUGCAUGUGUUUCUACUCUGCCAGCCCUGAGAACACAUUAUAAUUAUCAUGUCACUUUUCCCUUUUCGUAUAAAGAUGUAUUUCACUUAUAUUCCUCCUCUGCCCCCUGUAGGCCACUGAAGAGCCUGUUGUUCCUGUGGAUAAUUUGGAUACUAUGCUGAGACCUUUUAAUCUAGUUAUUCCUUUCACUGUGCAAAAAGGAGAGAUCACAGGUACACUACAGCAAGUCCCAAGUUACUAAUCAACCCCUAUCUAUAAACAGUGUAUUUUAACAUAUCACAAGGGAAUGCCAACCCUGAAGUCUUUAUUAUAUUAAGCAUAUAAAUUGUGAAAGACUAAUGGUGCAUAACCGUGUAACCACUUCCAAUAUCAAUGGCACAUUUGUAGCUGUAAAAUAAGUAAUUCUUGGGCAAGCAGAAAUUGAAUGCAAAACUUUUACAAUGGUUUACGUUAUGAUUGUGACACUUGAUUAAGACUCCUAAGGAACCCGACAAAGCAUGUAACAGUCUGUGCAGAGAUACUUAUAGCAUUAGGACAACCAUCUUCAAAGCCACUUUAAGUUAUAAGUGAUGGUAAAAAGAAAAUAGUCAUUGUAUUGUAAAAAAAAAAAAAAACCCACUUGGUUUUACUGUUCGAUUUGAGUGAAAUAUCUCAUAUAUGCAGAAUUCAGUCUGUUCUUAUUGUUUGCCCCUAUAUUGCCCCUCUACGUCAGAGAUGAAAUGCCCCUCUGUGAGACAAACUUAAUCUUUGUUGCAUCCUUGUUCACGUCCGAAACUGGAACUUUACUUUUAUUAUUCAUAGACCUCCACAUGCCAGAUACUGUUUACGAUUCCAUGAAGCAACAUGUGUAUUUCGCCCCAUGGCUAUAUGAAGCCUUAGUAAAAUGUUGACAUGAACUUAAUUUUGACCCUUUUAAACUUCCAAACUUAUGUCUUUGGAACCUUAGGGGAAGUUCGUAUGCCAUCUGGGAAAACUGCUCGACCCAACAUUUCUGAUAACAAAGACGGAACGGUCACUGUAAAAUAUGCACCUGUAGAGAAAGGACUGCAUGAGAUGGACAUUAAGUAUGAUGGAAAUCACAUUCCAGGUGGGUAUAAAUGUGUGUGAAACACAAUGCAGGUUACAAUUAUGCAAAUGUGAUAAACAGAAUUGAGUUGUUAUGGUAAAAAUCUUCUUAUACUCUACAUUUGUCUUCCAGGGAGUCCAUUACAAUUUUACGUGGAUGCUAUUAACAGCCGGCAUGUAAAUGCAUAUGGACCAGGCCUAAGCCACGGCAUGGUGAACAAACCAGCCACAUUCACUAUUGUUACAAAGGACGCUGGAGAAGGUAUGUGUUUUUAGUGAGGGAACAAAUAUCCAUUCCUGUAGCUAAAUGUGAUUGUGAUACAUUUUUCUUUUCUAAUGUUUAUCUUGGUAACCAGGUUGUUUUAAAGUUCUAAUGUAUCAGGAUUUGUACCGGUAGUUAAUAUCUUUCUACAUGUUAUUCAGAGGGAUAUUUGCCUAUUAUUGUACAUGUUUACAGACAUUUGGAUUUUUUUUGCUUCUUCUAAACAAAUUAGUAAAACUUGGACUUUUCUUUUUUGUAUAUUUUAUAUUUUAUUUCUCUUCCACAUAGGUGGCUUAUCCCUUGCUGUUGAAGGUCCAUCAAAGGCAGAGAUCACCUGCAAGGACAAUAAGGAUGGAACUUGCACUGUAUCUUACUUACCUACAGCGCCUGGAGACUAUAACAUUAUUGUGCGGUUUGAUGACAAGCACAUCCCAGGCAGUCCAUUUACAGCCAAGAUAACAGGUGAAGGACAACUUUAAUAUUGCCAGAAAAGAGGGGUUGUCAGAAAUACAGCGGAUAUUGCAUACUAGUGCAUCACUGUAUCAUAGUAUUUACUUUUCUCCAUUGACAUUAAAUAUGUUCCAUUAUCCCAUCAGGCGAUGACUCCAUGAGGACUUCUCAACUUAAUGUAGGGACAUCAGCAGAUGUCUCUCUGAAGAUCUCAGAGUCAGACCUUAGUCUGCUGACUGCUAGCAUCAGAGCACCAUCUGGUAACGAGGAGCCCUGUCUACUUAAGAGGCUGCCAAACAGGCACAUAGGUAAGGGACAGGGAAUGAGUCAAGAUGUGGGUUAGAGAUCAGAGUCACCAAUGAAUCUAAACUAUGGUACUAAAAGGAUCCAGGUGAACUGAACAGAUCAACACUUAUUUAGCCCCUUAUGGACCAAACUUCUGGAAUAAAAGGGAAUCAUGACAUGUCACACGUGCCAUGUGUCCUUAAGGGGUUAAACUUAUAUAAUCAAAGAUCAACAACACAUUUCUAACAUGUCACUUUGAAUAAUAUUAAAAAAAACACUUAACAAAUGAGAGAUGUAAUCACAAUAUAUAUCUAUGAAAAAAUAUAUUGCUUGUGAGUACUUCUUAAAAGCGUAUUGUUAUCUCUUAACACCAAGUGCACAUGUAUGAAAAUAGAUAAUCCCAAUACAGAAAGGAAUUACAAUGGUGUGAGCAUAACAUUUAAAUAGUAAUAAGAACUUUCUUUGGAAAAAUAAGUGACCUUAUUCUGUGGAUGCUAUCACUUCACAAUGCUAUCUUUUAAUACUACAGGCAUCUCCUUCACUCCAAAAGAAGUGGGUGAGCAUGUGGUGAGUGUGAAAAAGAAUGGUAAACACGUUACAAACAGCCCCUUCAAAAUCAUGGUUGGUCAGUCUGAGAUUGGUGAUGCAAGUAAAGUGAAGGUGUCUGGGAAAGGACUAAUUGAAGGAACAACCUUUGAGAUAUCUGAGUUUAUUGUGGAUACCAGGAAUGCAGGUAAAGCACUAAAUCUCUUUUUUCCUAUAUUUCAGACUUUUUUGAAAAAGUCCAGUUUCAUUAUCCUUAACCAUAAUGUCCAUCUUCCUUCUAACUCUUCCUCUUUCGUUAUGUGCCUCUCAGGUUACGGUGGUUUGGGGUUGUCCAUUGAAGGUCCAAGUAAAGUCGAUAUUAAUUGUGAAGAUGUUGAAGAUGGGACAUGUAAAGUAUCAUAUUGUCCCACUGAGCCUGGAACAUAUAUUAUCAACAUCAAGUUUGCAGAGAAACAUGUACCAGGUGGGUCAGCAGUUAACUUUCUAAUGUACAGCUACUUGUCAGCUGUGCUUUUGGUUAUCCUUCUUAAACACUCAUCCCAAGAAAGCUACAUCCAACACACUCAGAAUACAAUAACAAAAAAAACAGAGAAUGUAAUUUUUUUCUAAUACAUGGGCAAGUCAAUUUCUAUAUCCAUGCUUUCAUACACGUCUUUUAAAACAGAUAUAUCAUGAAAAUGCUUUUUUUUUUUUUGGCUUGGUGACACAGCAUUGUCAUUUUUCAAUGCAGGAAGUCCAUUUAUGGUGAAGGUUACAGGUGAAGGACGAAUGAAAGAAAGUAUAACCAGAAGACGCCAGGCUCCUUCCAUUGCAAGCAUUGGCAGCACAUGUGACCUCAAUCUCAAGAUCCCAGGUAUUGAACUGUAUUUAGCUAGAAAUGUCAAUUCCAUAAGUAUCAUUCCUUAGUUGAGUAACAACCAUAACAUACGCUUAUUUAAAAUUAUUACAGAGUUGGAACUUGUCUAGAUAAUAAUCGAGUAAAUUGUGUUCCAUGAUUUCAUUAUGUGGUUUGAAUUUGCUGUUUAUCAGACAAAUCUCCUAAAAUGUUAUUUUUAUUAGACAUGUUCAAAUUAAAGCAAUUUCCAUCGUGCAUCAGCAUUUGACUUUUUUUGUAACUUGGUUUAUGUAUAGAGUAGCCUCUAAUAAUGACUUACAGUUUUGCUAAGCAUUCUGCAUAGUUAAUUCUUGAGUUAGAUGAGCCUAUUUGUUGUUAAUAUGACAUUAUAUUUUAAUUUUUUUUAAAAAAAAAUUUACACUUACUACACCUGUAGAUUAAAGGAAGAAGUGUAGAAUCCUUCACAAAAUAUCAAAUGAAUGGGCCUUUCUUACUCUUUCUAUUUUCCCCAUUAGGCAAUUGGUUCCAGAUGGUUUCAGCACAAGAGCGCCUAACCCGUACGUUCACACGCAGCAGUCACACGUACACACGCACAGAACGUACAGAGAUCAGCAAGACCCGAGGCGGUGAAACAAAACGGGAAGUGCGAGUGGAGGAAUCAACGCAGGUUGGAGGAGAUCCAUUCCAUAACGUGUUUGGAGAUUUUCUGGGACGGGAGAGCCUGGGAACUUUUAGUACCAUUGCAAGACAAGAGGGUGAGUAUUUAUAAAACUGUUUAUUAAUGUACAAAGUGUAGAUGAAUCCAAGUACAACUGAAGCACAAAUCUAUACAGAAUCAUAGAGAAACGGCUUGAGUUCCACACAGCAUAAUUACAUUACGUACACCUACUUACAUAACAUGAAAACAUAACAUACAAUACCUGUUGAAAACAACAUUGAAAACAACGUAAAAAUGCAGGAUUACUUGCGGAAUAGUUAGCAGAAUAAAAAUAUACAAUUAAACUGCAUUUUAGGAGAUUAGGUGUGAUUUAUGGCCAGACAAAUCGCUAAAUCCUCUCUUUAUUGAACACAAGUCCCUGUCAUUUUCUUGGUGUCUUUCUGUGGAAUGUGAAUCCUCUGUUUUCUACUGCUAUAUUUAGUAAGCAUUGAGCAGAAUGUAGAUGUCAUAGGUAUUGUUGUAUAUGAUAAGCAAAACCUACAAUGAGUAGUUAUCUGAUGCUUAACUAAAUCUGAAAUAAAGAGAAUUAACAUUCUGUCUUGCUUCUGUUCACAUGAAUUGGUUUGUCAUUUAUUGGCCAUUUUAUAUCCCCAUUGCAAAGAAAGCCUUAAUACAGUAGAAAAAAAUACAAUUUUGCAAAUAUACAAAUGUAUAGUUAUUAACACAAUUUUUAGAGAAAAAUAGCACUUACAGUUUGGUUUCAUGUACUGUACUAAGUACUGUCUCUGUUCUCAUUAAGGUGAAGCUGGUUCACAGGAUAUGACAGCCCAGGUGACCAGUCCUUCAGGAAAAACUGCAGAUGCCGAGAUCAUUGAUGGUGAAGACAGCACAUACAGUGUACGCUUCGUGCCACAGGAGAUGGGAUCUCACACUGUUAGUGUGAAAUAUCGUGGACAGCACGUACCUGGGAGCCCUUUCCAAUUCACGGUUGGACCUAUGGGGGAAGGCGGUGCACACAAAGUCAGAGCUGGAGGCACUGGCUUGGAGAGGGGCGUUGCUGGAGUUCCAAGUAAGAGAAUGUGGUAGACAUUUGAAAAUAUUAGAUUAAAAAGUACUAAACUAAAGAUACAAAUUAUAUUAAUAGAAGUGAAAGUGUAAUGAUUGUAUGUCUAUUUUCAUAGCUGAAUUCAGUAUUUGGACCAGAGAGGCUGGAGCUGGAGGUCUGUCUAUCGCUGUUGAAGGCCCUAGUAAGGCAGAAAUCUCUUUUGAGGACCGUAAAGAUGGUUCUUGUGGAGUGUCCUACAUUGUACAGGAAGCUGGUGAGUUUGUAAGCAAGGGGAAUGCAAUAUGUAGUACAAAUUGAUUCAAAGAUUCAUUCAAUGCUAUGGUAUUUAUGUUGCUAUAUUUGCAAAGCAAAUAUUUGAUUUUCUAUUGAGAAUUAUUCUUCACACAAAUAUCGCAGUAGUUAAAGGGACACUCUGAGCACUAUAACCACUACAGCUAAUUGUAAUGGUUAUACUUAACUGAGUAUUUGGGUACCACGCCUAUGUUUGCUGUCAAAACAAAUAAAAACUGACUCUGCAUCCAAUCAGAUAAUUUAGAAGUUACGCUCAAAAGGUGUUUGACAGAAAACCAGGCCAGACUUGUUGUACCAUAUUCACUAGAUGAACUGUAGUGGACAUAGUGUGUCCCUGUAAGACAUUAACAGAUAUGCACUUAUCUUGUAUAUAAUGUUACCUAACAUAUAAUCUGUUACUUCCAUCAUAUUAAUGAGAUGUGUUUCUACAAAGGAACAUCUGCUGGUUUAGCCAUAUGUAAGUAUUUAUCUUUUGUGUUACAGGUGAUUAUGAGGUCUCUAUAAAAUUUAAUGAUGAACACAUCCCUGACAGCCCAUUUGUAGUCCCAGUGGCGUCUCGAUCUGAUGAUGCCCGUCGUUUGACCGUCACAAGCCUCCAGGUUAGUGUGGUGCUUUAUAUCUACAGCUAUUAAAAAAAAAAUCUCAAAAAUAUAGACAGAUAAUUGGCGGAUAGACAUGAGGUGCUAUGCAUAUGAAUUCUUGAGAUACUACUAAACAAAUGAAUCAUGGAUGGAUUUAGAAAUACAUAUCUAUGCAUUCAUAAGAUAUCUCACACAUAUCUUUGGUUUAAAAUUUACAGGAAACAGGUCUAAUAGUCAACCAGCCAGCCUCUUUUGCUGUACAGCUGAAUGGUGCACGAGGCGUGAUUGAUGCUAAAGUACACACACCAUCAGGAGCUGUAGAGGAAUGCUACGUGUCUGAAGUAGAUAGUGGUAAGGAAAGGGAAUCUUGGGGUAUGAUGUCAUAACGAAAGUUCAGUGACUGUUGCUUUUUAAUUCUUGCAUUCUUCUUUUUAUUUUCAGACAAAUACGCAAUCCGUUUCAUUCCUAAUGUGAAUGGAGUGCACUCAAUUGAUGUUAAGUUCAAUGGGCGCCAUAUCCCAGGAAGUCCAUUCAAGAUUCGUGUAGGAGAGCAGAGUCAGGUUGGAGAUCCUGGUCUUGUCACAGCAUAUGGCCCAGGACUUGAGGGUGGAGUCACAGGUAAUAAUGAUUCAUGUAAUGUAUGUAAACUGUUUUCAUUGUUAAGUACUAUACUCUUCAUUUUCACCAUCACCAAUAACAUGAUUUAGUAUCGGUUAUUACCUGUUGCUAACACAAAACCCUUACACUUUCCCUUCCAAUUUGUGUAGGUAGACCCUCAGAUUUCAUUGUAAGCACUCUCAAUGCUGGAUCUGGGUCUCUCUCUGUGACAAUUGAUGGACCUUCCAAAGUUAAGCUGGAUUGCCAAGAUUGCCCUGAAGGAUACAAAGUCACAUAUACCCCAAUGGCCCCAGGAAAUUAUCUUAUCUCCAUCAAAUAUGGAGGUCCCCAACACAUUGUCAGAAGUCCCUUUAAGGCUAGAGUAACAGGUGAGUGACAGCGAGCAUGGACAACAAAAACACAUAAGCAAAAACGGACUAAAUACAUGUUUGGAAAAAAAGUUCUACUAAAUAUAAACAAGAAAAAAAUAUUGUUAUUAAAGUGAAAUAAAAGUCAGAAAGUUGUUCAAGGAGAAAUUUUUUUAGUUGUAUAUAAUAUAAAAUAUGUAAAAUAUAUUAACUGUGUUUUAUUAAAUAUUGUUCACCUGUUGAAUGCAAUAUAUUAUAUUGAUUGUUCACAGUCACAGAAUAUUUUGUACAUUAUUAGAUUCUUUUAGAGAAAUUAUUAAGCCCAUGUUCCCAAAAUGUUUAUUUUCUUUUUGGAUAGUCUUUGUCAAGAAAUGUCUCAUCUGGUCUAAUGUCCAAGAAACAUUUCUGUUUGCAAACAAAUAUCAUAGGAAUCAGGAUUUUUAAAACAUCUUUUUAAAAAUGUCUUUCUCCUCUAUCAUUCUUUCAGGCCCACGUCUCUCGGGAGGCCACAGUCUCCAUGAAACAUCCACAGUGCUGGUGGAAACUGUCACAAAAUCUUCAGCUUCUGUAGGGGGAUAUGGUAUGGCUGUUCCCAAAUUUACAUCUGAUGCCAGCAAAGUAGUGUCUCGUGGCCCUGGGCUGUCAAAGGCUUUUGUUGGAGAAAAAAACACUUUCACAGUAGACUGCAGCAAAGCAGGUAAGGACAGGGAAACAUCUAUUGAUGAAACAUAUCGAUAUAUUAUUUGUCACAAAAUUAAUUGGUAAUUUACAGUGACAUUCUAUCUUCAGAUCUUAUGUAUUUCCUAAAUUCAAAGAGGUUAAGUGAGAAUUUUAAUUUGUUUUCUUAAAUCACUAUGAAUUGUAGACUAUGAUAUGGAAUAGCUUUUGUGGUGGUUUAGCUUGGCAGUAAAACAGAUGUAUUUAACUAGAUAUUUUGUGGAUUUUACAGGCACCAACAUGCUGAUGGUUGGAGUACAUGGUCCCAAAACCCCUUGUGAGGAGGUAUAUGUGAAGCACAUGGGCCACCGUCUUUAUAAUGUGACCUACACCGUGAAGGACAAAGGGGACUAUAUCCUCAUCGUUAAAUGGGGAGACCAAAAUGUACCUGGGAGUCCCUUCCAAGUCUCUGUACCUUGAAACACUCUUUCAACUUAGAUCAUUGGGGGCAUCACUUAAAGCCUACCAACCUGCCAAUCAAGAAAAAACGCCUCCUUUUUUAUGCAAAUGCACUGAUAAAAACAAAACAAAAACUGUAAUGGCAUAAUAGCUAAUUAUAAAUUCACCAAGUGCCUUUGUAUAUCCAGUAUAUGGAUUUUACCAUAAUAUGAGGGUGUUGUAUUGGAGCAACAGCAAUAAGUGGGUGGGAGGAGGGGGAAGGGAAAAGGGCAACAAGCAUGCACAUACCCACAAUGCCCGUGUCCUUUCUGCUUUUUACAAAUUUUUCUUUAUAUUCCGGUUGGUGUUUAUUUUUUUAAAGUCGCUUCCUGUCAUGUUUUAUAUGCGCUUUAUGUGUUUUUUUUCUAUUGGAGGGAGGCGGGAUGUUUUUUGGGGGGUGAAAGGUCAAAUAAGGUAUCAGGGGUCAAUGAGUCUUCAUGUAAGACGACUGCUGGUUAUUAACAAAAUGCACACUGAGUAAUCUGGAACAUCAAUGUACCAGAUCCCUUUCUGGAUUUUAUCUUAAAUAUAGUUCCAUUUUAAAAUGGUAGCUAAAAAUAAAAAUUAUGUUCAUUGGUUUAAUUAAUAAUUUGUUUUGUUUAUAGCUUAAAAUGGCAUGAUUUUUUUAUAAACACUUUAUAAAAAAAUUAUGUGUUACUCUUAAUGUCUUUCAAAAUUAAAUUUUCACCUUAUUACAAUUCUGCAUUAUGAUUACAUUUUCCAUAUUUUUUAAAAUUGUUCAUAUUUUAUUUAUUGUUUUCAAAUUGGAAAUGAAAUCUUCGGUUCUGAAAAAUAAUUUAAAUUUAGUUUUGUUAUUUCAUGUUAAUCAUCUUGUUUUUAUUUUAUUUUUUAAAUUUGGUAUAUUCUUAUAGUCUAGUCUAUUUUAGUUAUUUUUUAAUUUGCAGACCUGCAGGUUUUGACCAUAUACCAUUUGGCCCUUUGACCUCUGACCCGGCCAGUCGUUGAGGAAUAUGUUUUGAUUGUCUUAGCACUGUAAUAUGGGGCGGUGGUGAAGUCUUCUGGUAGUUUGCCAUGAGGCUGCUUUUUUGUAGAGAGUUGGAUUAGAUGCAUCACACAUGGCCCUCAAAAGCAUAUGGUCAUUUAGAACAGAUCUUUAAAUCGGUGCAUACAGAACAAAAAAUAAAGAUUUAUUUGCUAAUGUGCUGUAAUUGUUUGCAGUGUUUUCUUUUAACAAUACCAUUUAGCAUUUUAUUAAGAAAGCUUAAAAAUGUUUUAAAAAACUGAGAGGUGGGGGAUGACUUUUUAAUGCAUUAUAAAGGUAAUGCAAUCCAACAAAGCUAUGCAUGUAAUUAAAGGAUAGAACUGUGACAAUCUUACUGAACAAACCCAUAUUAAACCAUCAAUUAAGUAUAACAUUUAAUCUGAACAUUUGCUGGAAAUUUUUCUAGUGUAUUGUAUAGAUUUAAUUGUAUAAAAUAAUUGAAGCUGAACAUAUUAUUAUUAUUAUUUUUUUUUUUCAACCGUUCACUAUACCAAAAUCUGAAAACCUAUCUGCACAUUUGGGUGUUUGUAGAUACACCUACAUUGUUUAUCUUUACAUCAAAUAAGCAACCUCAG